CUGAUUUUUUUAAAAACACCAAUAAAUUCAAACAUUUUCAAAGUUUUAGACUUGCCAUGUUUCUAUCAGCGAAUGAAUAACAACCAACCAACAUUUUUGUAUAACUGCUGCUUACAAGGAAAUUAAUAUAUGAUAAUUUUAAAUUUCUGUUUGGUGGGCUUCCUAGAGUAAGUGGGUCCUCAUGCUUGUGUGCCACUGACAUGAAUGGGAACCUAACUUUCUAGCUUUAUUUUUGGUACCACUGAGUGGCCAAUUCCUUCUUCUAAACUUCAUCAUGGACUACAAACCAGUCAACAAGGAUACUCUCUAGCUGCAGAACUAAUGAACUUAAUAGAACUUGAAUAAAUAAACAUUUCCAGUGCAAAUGGAAGCUUGAACAACUUUCAGCCCACAGUGUAUAGAACUAGUGUAAAAUUGGGGCUAUGCACACAUCAGUGGCUUAGGAUGCAGUGAGGUUGAUUUUUCUCAGUGCUUCAGUUCACAUUCUUACAUUGCUGUACACAGUUGAGAGGGAGUGGGGAUGUCUUCACCUGAUUUGUUUCUGUGUGCUGAUCUCCUGUUUGCUGAAGCUGCUAUCUGCCCAUGUGUCGUCUGCUGUCUUAAAUGUACCCACCUCAGUUUACCUUUUUGAACAGGUUGGAAGUUGGUUUGGGGGGUAGUGCAUCAAUCAGCAGCAGUUUCUCAAGAAACUACAGGAUAAAUAUGGAUUGCUGCUCAAGUCAAGUGUACUCAGCUUCAAACACCAGCGGUGGGAAUGCGCUGGAGCCAAAGUAAAUGAAAAUGGACGUAGCCAACAGAGGGGAGCACCUGUCCCCAUCAAGUAAAACAAUAUAGGUACUUUUCUAAUUGACCAAUCAGCUCGGUUCUGCCUCCCCUAACAAAAGUCCUGGUUCCCCUUAACCAAGUCCUGUACCCUGGCUACGCCCAUGUAUAUGGCCCACAAGAACUAUUUGCAAAUGCAAAGUGGGGCAAGUGUAAAAUUCAAGUUUAUUGCACACUUGGGAAUGCACAAAUGUGCAUGGUGCUUGGCCAGAGUGUGCUUUUCAGGCUUUGUGGUGCAAUUUUAGAUACCCUUACAUCCGUGGUUCCCAACACAGGGGCAAUUUGAUUUUGAAGGGGGGCAAUUGAGAAUGAGUUAUUUAGAGUUAAUGGCUUCCUCCAUGUGAAUAGGUGCCCACUUUUUGAAUAAUAAGAAUUAUAUGGGGGGGCAUCAGGAUUUUAGAAAUGCUUAGAUGGGGCAUGGUCAAAAAAAGGUUGGGAACCACUGCCUUAGAUGGAAGUAAGCCCUACUGAGCUUGGUAGGGUUUUUCUUUCUUCUGACUAAAGGCGCCCAGCGAGUUAGUCAGGCUACAGGUGUCUGGCCAGAAGACGACGCCCGGUGAUCUGCAUGUAACGGCGCUUCCUUCCCAUUUUUAUUUCGUUGCCCUGCUCCUCGGCGCUGUCGCUGGCCUACAGAGGUGCUGCCCUGCGAGAGGACGCGCGCUCCUUUCCCAGAGAAAGAGGCGGGUUUAGAGGUCUGAUUUCCAGCCAGGAGGCCGGCAGAAACCAGCCGGUGGCGCUGCAGCUGCGGAAGAGGGCGGCCCGCCUAUUCUCGUCAGGAGGGCCCCGCAGGCUGGAAACGGAACAGAGACAUGUCGGAGCGGGGCUGAGGCUUUCUCACAGCCUCAGGAGCAAAGGGGGCGGCAGCAGCAGCGGCGGCGGCGGCGGGACAACGACGGAGGCAGCUGCGCCCGCUGCCCCUAGGCCCCGCAACCGGAGCAGCAGGGGGGAGAGCCGCCGAAGUGGGCGGCGGCGGAGGAAGCGGCGGCUGCAGGAGUGGCGGCGGCGGCGGCGGCGGAGGCAGCAGGCUGGAUCCCUCCCCGGGAAGAUGAGGCGGAGGCCCGGGGAGCUGAGCGGGCUGAGCUGGGACGCGUUCCUCUCAGCCGCCAGGACAAGAUGGCAGCGGCCGAGGAGGCGGCGGCAACAGCAGCAGCAGCAGCAGCAGCCGCAGCCAGAGGCUGAGCCCGGCCUGGGAGGCGUCUCCUGGUAGUAGCGCUCUGGUCAUGCCGAGGGCUGCGGCGGCGGCGGGGACUGUAGCGCUGCCGGAUCUGUGAAGGUGAGAGGCUGGGAGGAGGCGAGCGAGUGACCGAGCGACCCUUCUUCCCCGCUGAGCGGGCAGAGCCAAGCUGAAACGCCCCCCCGUCCCCUCCCCUGCCCGCCACUAUGUUUUGGGAGUUGUUGUGAACAAAAACCGAGGGGGCUGAACAAGGUAACCAAAUGAAAAAGCAUUUUAAUCCCCCCCCUUGGGUAAAAAGAGCUCUCCACCUCUGAACUGGCAGUGGAUCCCUGCCCCCCCUACAUACCCCUGGCUUCGACCCAAGGAGCUGGGGGCGCCCUGAUCUUGGGCUGUAGGGCGAAUCCUGUAGGAUCGGUCCGGGAAAGUGAGGCAGGUCAGGUUUUCUCGCCGUCAGUUGCCCCUUUUCCGGAACCAGGAUUUGUUUGGGAGGCUUUACCACCACCCCCCUCCAAAAAGGGGAAAAGGAAGGCAGGUUUUCUCGGAAGUAAAUCCCUUUUGGGACUUCCGAAGAAUUGUGCGUGGAUUGCAAGUGCCAAGGGGACUGGCUGUACAUCCUGUGUUUUAUUUGCAGCUAGACGUUGAGUUAGGGCUAUCUAGGAGCCUCUCUAAUUCCCUACCGGAUCUGAGAGCUGGGAUAGAAGAAAUAGUACGAGAGUACCCGCGAGCAUGUGCAGAGUUCUAUUUAUAUUGUACACCCGCACCCGGUCCCCGUGAUUCUGGGACUAAGAGGACUGGUUGCAAGGUAAGGACAUGAUUUCCAAAACAGGGUUGAGUCCUGGCGCACUUCUUUUUACAAGUCAACUGCUGCCUGACAUGGGGGCUUAACCUUCGCACAUCUUCUUGCUCCAUCGGAUGAAGCUGGUGACUCAGAAAAAAAAAGGCUUUUAAAUGCUGAAGACGGAGCCACAUUUUCUAAAACAAAAAUAAAACCCACAUUUCCUAUGUUUCCUUUUUUCCAGUAUAAAUUGACGAAGUCGAAUUAGGAAGAUAGUGAGGCUUGCUGCCACCAACAGCUCUGAGAGCCAACAGAUUAGUACUGUACUGUAUAUAAAUAGUUCAGCUCCAUUUCGUAGUAUCGCUCCCAUUCUUGCUUUCUGUGGCGGUCUUUUCGUUUGGCAACCAGAAUUUUCUCUUUUGUGUGUCUCCCACCCGUUUGCACUUUUGCUAGAUAAGCCUGUUCGGGCCUCUGUAAAACUAACCUUUAGGAUCUCUGGAUAUGAAAGAAGAAAUGUGACACGACUGCUCCGCUUGCAACUUGCUAGGGCAGCAGGAAGGCGUGGUCGCAAGCUACUCUAGUUACAAGGGAUUAUUGCUUUCCUUUGGGACUCAGGGAUAAUUUGCAACUGUAGUUUUGGGAAAGUAAUGUCUAUUUCCAUGUCAGAGAGGGGAAACGCCAACUUAAAAUGGUACGUGAAGUGAACAUUUGAUACUGGCAGUAAUUCAGAGCUACAGGGGCUUAAAGUUGAUGUAGAAUUUAAAACUAAUAAUCACUUAGUCUUUGAUUUCUUUUAAGUGAAAUGCUGGUUUUUGUAUUUUGUUUUCCCCCUUCAUAUUGUGGUAUAGUUUAUUCACUGUAAAACGAAGUACUGUGAAAUGAUACUGUUUACUUUAUCUAGCAUUUUAGUUUGUCGUUUUUUGUUGCUUGGUGACAAGCUUAGAUACUGAUUUGAACAAGAACCGUGUGUAGUCAAGGUUUAUUGAUUUUUAGAUUUUAAAUAACUUGAUUAAAUAAACAUUAAACUUUGAUAUCUGUUACAGGAUUCCAGUGCUUUUAGUACAGCAGCUUUAUACCCAAACACUUGUUUGGAUAACUAACAACUUGUCACAUUUUCAACAAGAUUUAGGGGGCAAUCCUAAUCAUGUCUACUCAGAAGUAAGUCCUGUUGAAUUCAGUGGGACUUACUCCCAAGUAAGUGGGGCUAGGAUUUCACUCCAAUGUACUAUGACAUUUACAUUAUUUUUCUCAUUCUAAAAACAUAUUCAUCUAAAUUUAUCUUUGGAUAGAGAUUUUGUGCAUGUUUUGUAGGUUAAAAAUGUUGAGUUCUCUUGGCCAGAGAUAUUGGUGUCUUAUUCUCGUGUGCCUUGUGAAACCAGAUACUUGGAUAUGCAUGUAGCUAAUUUUGUAAAUGCACUUAUUUUAAGCCAUGACUAUGCACUAAGUGCUAUAUAAAGUGUACUGUUAAUCAUUGGCUCUUUGUUUUGUGGUGUUCACAUCUAUUCCUUUUCUAAAUUAACAAAUCAAGAACAAUGAUUUUUGGCAUUCCCUGUGUACUUUACUUGAUAGUUGUUGGAUUCUUGUAUGACACUAAAUAGGCUAUUGGAAUCUUAUUUUUGUGGAAAUAAAAACUUGACAUCUGUGUAUAGCCCUUCUUAGAAAACUAAUUAAAAAGUCAUGAUGCUCUUUUCUUCCUCAUAGUAGGGCAGUUAUGAUGCUGAGUAUAGUAUUAACUGAAACUACUCAAGCUAUAAUAAGGCUCAUUGUUUGUUUGAAUUUUAGUUUCAUACACGUGACAAGGAGUAAAGAUGUUCUGACAGUUUUUAGAAGUUUGGCUUGUUGGAGACCUUUUGUAAAUGCAGUGUUAACAUCAGGCUAUUUCUUCUGUAGUGCUAAAGUGCCUAAUAUUAAUAAGCGUGUCAUUGCGCACACAGAUUAAGAAGCACGUAACUAGGUCAUGGCUCUAGUAUAGAGUUUGUGAAUGAGCCAAGCUCUCUUAAAAGGUAAUGAUUCCAUGGAAAAAAUAUUACAUUGGUCACACAUAGCUGACCUACUCGAGCUUAUUAUUAUUAUGGGUAACUAUACAUGAACUAUAUAGCCUAUAAAUAAGAAGUCUAGCCUAUAUUGUUUGACUUAGAAAAACAGUACAACCCUGUACCUGUCUACUCAGAAGUCAGUUCAGUGAGGCUUACUCCCACAUAAGUGGGUAUAGGCUUGCAAUCUAAUAAUUAUUUGUAAUGUUUGGAAGCUUCUCAAACUCUGUAAUCAUAUUUUUGUUGAUGUAAGUAUUAGUGGACAAUCUUAUCUUUUUAUAGUUCAAAAAGUUUUUGUAUGCAAACUAAUGACAUACAUAAGGACGGUAAUAAUAAUAAUAAUUUUAUUAUUUAUACCCCGCCCAUCUGGCUGGGUUUCCUCAGCCACUCUGGGCGGUUUACAACAGUAAGUGGUUGAAAAGUCAGAGGGUGGUAUCUGAUUAAGUUGUGCUUCAGAGUGGGCACAUUGAAAUGCGUAGACUUAAGUAUGAUGUUGUCUGGGGUGGGGAGCCUCUGGCCUGGGAACUGAAUGCAGUCCUCCAGCCCUUGCAAGCAUCCCUAGGCUAUGUUCUUUUGUUGGGCCACACCCCCCAUUGGCCCUGCUUUUUGCCAUCCUCAAGUGCUUUUGCCUGUCUGCCUGUCUGAAAUGUGAUAAUGCCUCUUGCUUGUGUAAAUGGGAAGGUGAGGGUGCACAUGUAGAAAUCUCUCAUUUUGUGUAGCUAGAAUGUGUAGCCCAAUGUACAAAAGGAAGAGUUGCACCUGCUGCUUUGCAUAUUUUUGCCUCUGGGCUUCCCCAUUACUGAUAUGCUUCCCCCAGAGACUGAGAAAGGUUCCCCACUGCUGACCAACCCCCUUUCAAUAAGACUGACUUCUGAGCAAACAUAGUUGAAGCUGGGCUGCUAAUUGGUUCCUUUCCAGAAUGCUUAGUCGGUAGGAAACUCUGAAACAAAUUUUACAUUUAACUUGGUUGAAUUUGAUGAAGUGAAAGUCAUACAUAGGCAUUUGCUUGGAUUUGAGGAAGACUGAGAAAAAAACUAUUUCAGUUACUUGUGCUUGUCCUUUAAGACGCGGGUGGUGCUGGUUAAAUCACAGAGACUAGGACUUGCCGAUCAGAAGGUCGGCGGUUCGCAUCCCCUUGACGGGGUGAGCUCCCGUUGCUCGGUCCCUGCUCCUGCCAACCUAGCAGUUCGAAAGCACGUCAAAGUGCAAGUAGAUAAAUAGGUACUACUCCGGCGGGAAGGUAAACGGCGUUUCCGUACACUGCUCUGGUUCACCAGAAGUGGCUUAGUUAUGCUGGCCACAUGACCCAGAAGCUGUACACCGGCUCCCUCGGCCUAUAGAGCGAGAUGAGCGCCGCAACCCCAGAGUCGGCCACGACUGGACCUAAUGGUCAGGGGUCCCCUUUACCUUUACCUUUAAUGCUCUAUAGCUUUUCGUAAUUCAGUGACAAUCAUUCAUUUACUCUCCUCCCCCUCCCACAAACCAUAUGUCAAAUACCUUAAGUAGGGACCAGAAAAACAUCACUGGACCUAAAGUAACAUGUUGAGUGGCAUCCUAGUUGUCAACCCAGAGGCAACAAUGUCUAAAGAGAUCAAGGUGAUUUAAAUUCCCAAGAAGAAAAGGUUGAUUUAAAUAACUGAUGUAAAACAAGUGUUUAAUUUGUAUUUUUUAAUUUGUAUUUCCCGAACAAGCCUAAAUAGUAAUAUAGCAACCAAUAAAUUGUAACUAUGGUAAAUAGCUCCCUUAAACUUACCUUGAAGACUAAUCCAAAACUCUGACCAUCCAUUUUUUGUGCUACAGGAUCUAUGUUUGCUUAGACUGGGGGGGUUGUUGUGAUUUAAGGGUGUUUUUUUGGCACUUUUUUUUUGCACAUGUAAGAACACUAAGCAAGUUCCUAUACUUGGAUGCUAAGUGCCCAGAACUUUUCUUAUUUAUUUUAUUUAUAAACCUGUCCACCACAUUGAACCCAGGACAGAUUACAACUAAAUGCAGAUUUGAAACAAGCAGACCAGCACCACAUAAAAAUAUCUUUGAAAGAUUUCAAAGAUUUCUUUGUGUUUUCUUUAACGUCAAAGCAGGCUCGUGCAGGCUGCUUGGGGAGGAAGAAUAGAUAGGAAAGGCUGCUUAAGCCUUUUUGCCUAUUAUAACUUUUUGAACUACUAUUUGUAUUGCAGAAGUUAUUAGCCUGCCAGCCUUUCCUCCUGCACGUGAAGGUUCGUUCCAUGAGAGCCUGAAAAGGAAAUAAAUAUAUAAAUAAUGUUAUUGUUGACACAAGUUCAUUUGCCAGUUGCCUGGAAGCAGAUCUUAUUUACCAGUGGCGGCUUUUUAGAAGCCUGUUAUGCUUUCUUUCUGUCCCUUGUCUCAUAAUAUCAGGUACUGCUACUUAUUUUGUCUCCAGUAUUUUCCUCCCGUAUAAAUUAAGACACGAUUAUGUCACUCCCUAAUUACCUUCUCAUCGUCAAGUCGAGAAGUGCUGUUGUUUUCCACGUUACAGUUCAGUGCAAUGUUUCUGGUUAAUGGUACUUAAAAUAGCAGUGACUAGUUGUGCCUGGCAUCAUGCCCUUGGUGUCUUCAGUUUUCAUAACAGUUUCGAUUCGGGUAUGAUUUUGAAUAAUUUGUUGGGUUCUGACCCUCCGUUUACCAGGAAGUUGUAACGUGUGUUAGAUUAAAUCUGUAAAGAUUAAAAAACACACCAAAAGUAUAGCUGCACAGAUGCUUUGGGCGGGGGGUGGCGGCAGUCUGAGUAUGAGCCAUAUGUUGGCAAUUGCUUGCACUUUGUAACUUUGCUUCUCAAUCGCUGUUGCAUUUAAUCUAUUUUGAUAAGGGAACCUGUUACUGGAAUGCUCCUGAAAUACAAGAUUGAGCUAUGAGAAUCCUAAAGUUGAUCAGUGCAAGCACCAGCUGUACAAGCAUUCUACUUUUAUUUUAAGUAUUCAGCUAUUUUAAAAGUGUAAAGUUGGAUGGUCCUUUUACUGUCACUUUUUACCAAACAGAAAGAUCCUUCCGAAACUUACCAGAUAGGUUUUGUUUUGGCACAAACCCCUGUUAGUAAAAAGUAGUCCCCUGAAUACUUGCAGUUCUGUUUAGUUGGCGUACUCUACAAUUGUUAUAUGGAAAUGAUUUUGGAAUAGAAAAGAUUGUCUUUUUGGGGGGUUGGAGGGAGGGAAUUAUCCUUCAUGUCACUCUCCUCUCGUCACUUGGUCUAGAAGCAGCUGCUAGGCUUGCCUCUAUAUUCAGUGCAGCAUUAUGACAUUGUAGUGAGUUGCUAUAAAAAUCAGGCAGAGGUCUUAACAGAGGCAUAACAUGUGACACUAUCACCUGUGAGUACUGUGUGUAAUUAUGUAGUGUUUUACAUCAAGCUUCCAUUAAUGUGGGAUUAUGGCUUGGCUCUGUGGUGCAACCUUAACUGAUCCUCUUGAUGAAUCCCUCCAUCUUCUGGAGCAGUUCAAAAUGCCUUCCAGCUAGUAACCGUUGGUUCUGAUUAUUCAAUCUACUUAAUGUGUGCCUUUGGGCAAGACAGGUUUGGAAAAAUUAGGGAAAUAAUGCUCUCAGUUGCUAAAACAUUAGGGUGUGUCAGAAAAGUUGUGAAAUCUUUCAAAUAAAGUGGGUUUCUAUGAGAAAGGUGAUGUAAAAAAUGUUUUUAGUAAAUAAAGCUUGGGGUGGUUCUAGAGCAGGGUGGCACAACUUUUCAUAUCAAGUGGGCCGCAAGAGUACUUUGACAUGGAAGCCACGGGCUACAUAGUGCCUUGUUGCAUGGGAAGGGGAACAGGAGGCCAAAUUUGACGUUAGCCCCAGCCCUCAUGCUGCCUUCCCAAAGCUGAGUAAGCUGGGCUUUGGGAAAGAGGUGCGAGGCUCUGGCGGGGUCCUAGAGUACUCCCUUUUUCCUUCCCAAAGUUGGGAAGGCAUUAACUAGACUUUGGGAAGGAAGCUGGAGGACUCGUGAACACUGUCAGAGACCUCAUGCCUUCUUCCUGAAGCCCAGCACUUAUCUUACCUGGCUUUGGGAAGGCAGUGCUAGGGCUGCGGGAAGGGGAGAGGAAUGUCUAGGUGCACUUUUUAAUAACAAGAAUACAAAGCUGAAAAUGAAGGAACUGCAGCUAAAAUAUUAUGUUCAUUUUUCACAUGGUCUAGUCCUUCCCCUGCCCACCUCCUUAAUACUCUUAAGAGAGUUUUUCCUCCAGUCUUCAGAGAGUAGCUGGAAGUGGGGAGGCAGAAAAAAGCCCUCCUUUUCUUCCACUCUGCAGUUUUAAUCUGAAAUCUUAGGCAUGGUACUGCGUCUGGAGCUCAGAAAGUGUUCGCGCUAACGAAAUUCCCUGUUGCAAAAUGCACCUAGAACAAUGAGAGUUUCGGACACUGUCCUUAACGCGUGCAUUAAUAUAUUUACAUACAGGGUUGGCAUUAUGUUGUAUUUUGAAAGGAUGCACUGUUGAGAUACUCCAUUUUAUUUUGACUGUUUAUUGGCAAAGCAAGUCCUUGAAUUGUCAUAGAUGUACUACAGGCAUAGUUCUUUGCAUGAAGAAAUACUUCCUGCUUGUUGACUUGCACAAUGGAGUAGAAAUGUUUGUGUGUAUUAUGUGUUUAAUGACAUGCAAUUCAACAUGUGUUGCUUGGAAUUUAUCUGCUUUAGCAUGCCUUGAAUUUCAUUCCCUGCAGCAAAAGUGAAGGCAGGUAUAACAGGCCUAGACUGGAGCAGGUCUCUGAAGAAUCCUGUUGUUUUUUCUUGCUCAACUGUAGAAAAUUAAUUUUGUUAACAGGCAUGUCUCUUCUUUUCUUCUGUUCACAGUAUAUCUACAAAAAUAAAGAUUAGAUGGACAAGUUAGUUUGCUUUUCUGAACUUAUUUUAAAAACUCUAAAAGGAUUCUCCUAUGUUUUAAACAAAUCAGUUACCAAGACUGUUUAAGUAGUAAUGGGAGAAAGGCUUUUCCCAGUACAGUGGUACCUCGGGUUACAUACGCUUCAGGUUACAGACUCCGCUAACCCAGAAAUAUUACGUUGGGUUAAGAACUUUGCUUCAGGAUGAGAAAAGAAAUCAUGGAGUGGUGGCUAAAGUGGUCUUCAGGUUAAGAACAGUUUCAGGUUCAGAACAGGUUAAGAACAGACCUCCAGAACGAAUUAAGUUCUUAACCCGAGGUACCACUGUAAAUACUCUGGAAAAUUAUUGAUUGGCAACUUACAAGGUUAAAAUACCAGCUGCCAUCCUUAACCAGCUAACAAGCUUGUGUUAGGAAUGAAGAUGAAGUGAGAAGUUUUAGCUACCUUUAUAUCUACCACUGAGUACUAUCUUAGUGUGUGUUUUGCCUGCUGUCUUUUUCAAAGUUCCCCUCUUAAGGGGCCGGGGUGUUUAAGAACCAGAGUAAAAGUCACACAAGAGGCAUGUGUAACAGCGUCUCCCUCAGAGUUUUUCAGAGUCUGGGACAGGGGUCAGCAAACUUUUUCAGCAGGGGGGCCGGUCCACUGUUCCUCACACCUUGUGGGGGGCAGACUAUAUUUUGAAAAAACAAAACGAAUUCCUAUGCCCCACAAAUAACCCAGAUAUGCAUUUUAAAUAGAAGGACACAUUCUACCCAUGUAAAAACACGCUGAUUCCUGGACCGUCCGUGGGCUGGAUUUAGAAGACGAUUGAGCCAGGCCUUAGUUUGCCUAUCCAUGGUCUGGGAGCUGGGGAGUGACAAGUAGAAAAUCAGAAAACAUUGAGCUGAAAAAAACAGCUGAUGUGGAAAGGGUUAUGCAGCAUCUCUGCUAUUCCCCUGCUUCUCAUCACAGCCUCCUGUGGCUGCUUUUCGUUUUGUAAGAGCCCUGUGGGGGCACAGACACACCAUCUGGUUUGUCCUUGACAGGAAGCAGGGGAGAAAUAGGUGCCUAAAAAUUUAAGUGUAGCAUCCCUCUGUAGCUCUGCCAAUCCAGGUAGGAUUUUUGCUGAAAGUUGCCAUGACUACAUUUCCACGGCCGUGAGUGACCCAUAGCCAUAUUAUGGCCCUGGCUAUAGUUCUCUAUUUUUCUGUUUCUGCUGCUUUCCCCAUCACUGCCCUUCCCACCCCCAAUCUGUAGUUGCUAUUUAGAGAUGCCCAAAGUGCUUUAAAACACUGUAAUUGUGCGCUGUAAUAGUUUUGAAUUGUUGACAAAGGCCUUAUUGAUAAGCUAUGGUUUAAUGUGAAUGAGCAGUAUGCUAGUUAGCGCAUGCUGCUCAAAAGUUUCCGCAGUGCACUUUCUCCACGCCUGCUGUGCCACAGACGAAACAAACCCGAGUCUGGCUUGUCAUUCCUCAAACAAGCAGGAAUUUUGGAUUAUACAGAAUUCCUGCUUGAAUAAUAUGAGCUGCCAUAAUGUUAUUUUGUUGCAUUUCAUUAACUUUUGUAUUAGUCAAAAUGAAUGACUGAAUUGUAUGUCUAUAUCAGGGGUCAGCAACCUUUUUCAGCUGUGGGCCGGUCCAUCGUCCCUCAGACCAUGUGGUGGGCCGGACUAUAUAUUUUUUGGGGGGGGGGAUGGACGAAUUCCUAUGCCCCACAAAUAGCCCAGAGAUGCAUUUUAAAUAAAAGCACACAUUCUACUCAUGUAAAAACACGCUGAUUCCCAGACUGUCCAUGGUCCGGAUUUAGAAGGCGAUUGGGCCGCAUCCGGCCCACUGGCCUUAGGUUGCCUACCCCUGGUCUAUAUCAAUGAUAUUGUCAGCAAUGUAGUUAUUCUAUCAAGCAAAAUACACAUCCUUUAGCAUUGCACAAAGGAAGAUGGGGACCUUCCUGUAUACUUGCUCAUUGCUGUAGACCUCCCCCUUUUCAGUUACAGAGCAAAGAAAAUUCUUCUUAACCUGUUGUACUUCACUUUGCAAUAACCUGUCCCACUCAGGUUGCUGAAGCAGAAAAACGGAUCUGUUUCCAUGAAAGAAAAAAGAACCCCCCUAAUGUUAUAUCUCACAACUGAUCUGGUCAGCAUUAUUACGAUGCAGCUGCAACUUGAAAGCAUUCAGCAGUUGGUUAGGUGGUUAUGGUAGAGGUGUGUGGGAUGGGAAGAAAGGCAGUUAAUUCUGGGUCUGAUCACAUGAUCACCUUUUGCUCCAAGGGCUGAAUUAAAGUGUGGCCAGCCUUCAGAAAGGCACAUUCCAGUGGUGGGUGUGGCUGGGAAAAGUGGGUGUGCUCAAAGAUAAAGCAAUGAAAGAAACCCAAUUCCCUCCAGUUGGAUUAAUAAAAAUUAAACACUAAAGGAAAGCAGUGCCCUCCCGCAAAAUAAAAUGAGUCUGUUGAGCCUUUCACCUUACCCCCUGCUGUUGUCACUGAAAGCCUGUCUAUGAGAUGAUCAUGCCUGCCUCCACCACAGCUCACUUGCUGAUCUUGUGAUCCUCAGCACCCACAAGAAGCUGGUAAUUGAGAGCAGCCUCCCUCCCAGAUGCAAGCUGGUUGCUAGGAAACACUAGCAAACUGGCUCACAGAAUCCCUCUGGAGUUAGAGAGGAGUGUGGAAAAGGCGCAAAAUUCAAACAAGUAAAGUUACAAUCAGGAAGCAUGUAUCAUAGCUAACCUAAUUCCUAUCCUUCCCUUCUAAUAUGUUGCAUUUACACGUGAGCUCAGGUUAGAGAAGAGAGGAAUCGGCAUCAAAAUUACAACUGGACUGCUGCUGUUAGCUGAGCAAAGAACAAAGAAUCCAGAAGUGUUUUAAAUGUAAGUGUCCUUAAUCACAACUGAGCUUAGCAGACCAGCAGCACCAUCUGUCUGAAUCCUUUUCUGAAACCCUUGACAGUGGGAAUCACAAAACAGUACCAAAUUCAAAGGUGCUUACAAAAACCAGGCAGUUUUCAAAAAUGCAUGCUGCUUGCUCUGGUUGCAUAGCAGGGAACAAGCUAGAGGAGCCAAACUCAGCAGGAUUUAACCACUGCUCAUCUGUUGAUGUGUGUGUGGGAUUACAUCCUGCUUAUUUGGCUUGGAACAGGCACACAGUAAAGGCAAAAUUGAACUGUGCUGAAGUACAGUGGUACCUCGGGUUACAUACGCUUCAGGUUACAGACUCCACUAACCCAGAAAUAGUACCUCGGGUUAAGAACUUUGCUUCAGGAUGAGAACAGAAAUUGUGCAGCAGCGGCGCAGUGGCAGCAGGAGGCCCCAUUAGCUAAAGUGGUGCUUCAGGUUAAGAACAGUUUCAGAUUAAGAACAGACCUCCAGAACGAAUUAAGUUCUUAACCCGAGGUACCACUGUAGUCUGCAUGCUACUUGGUGACAUAGUGAUUUACAUGCACUGUACCUGCAAUGGAGUCGAAACAGUCUCAAGUGGAAAUAUUUGGCUUAGAAUGAGAAUAGGUAGGAAUUCCUCCCCCAAAACUGUGGGGAGUGGAAAUCUUUGAAAGAUUUAUGGAGACGGGGUGCUUACCAUGAGAAAAAAGUGCCAACAGUUGUGUGUCUUCAAACACAACUUGUAAUAUGUUGCUGCCACAUGUAGUCGUUUUUGGUUGUUGUUUUUUUUUUUUGCAUGUGGCUCCCACCAUCUGUUUUACUCAAAAUGCUGUGGAGUUAUGCCAUGACUUGGAAACUCUGGUACAAAAUGGUGGCCGCCAGCUGCUGGGAAGAGCUCCGCUGUCACUUGUGGUAGUAUAUAUUUAGUUGUUUGCUAGAUUUUUGGCCCACUUGUCAGGGUGUAAAUCCUUGGAUGUCAGUUACAAGGUACUUUAAAAUAAAUAAAAAUAUUCAGUACACGAAUAAUUGAAAUAACAAAGCAGCAGCAGAUAAAACCUCAGUUAAAAGCAAAACUAAUUUAAAAUUGGGAUGCGGGUGGCGCUGUGGGUAAAACCUCAGCGCCUAGGACUUGCCGAUCGUCAGGUCGGUGGUUCGAAUCCCCGCGGCGGGGUGCGCUCCCGUUGCUCGGUCCCAGCGCCUGCCAACCUAGCAGUUUGAAAGCACCCCCGGGUGCAAGUAGAUAAAUAGGGACUGCUUACUAGCGGGAAGGUAAAUGGCGUUUCGCUGGCUCGCCAGAUGCAGCUUGUCACACUGGCCACGUGACCUGGAAGUGUCUUCGGACAGCGCUGGCCCCCGGCCUCUUAAGCGAGAUGGGCGCGCAACCCCAGAGGGACUCGACUGGCCCGUACGGGCAGGGGUACCUUUACCUUUACCUAAUUUAAAAUUAACCAUAGGCAGACUGGAAUAAACAAGCAUUUAACAUACUCCUGGAAGUUAGCAAAAAGGAGACCAUAGGCACUUACCAGGAGAGGGUGUACGACAAAAAUGGUCACAAGUAUUUACUAAUUAUGGUCCUCUCAGAGAGCAGGGCUUCAGAUGCUGAACUUGAGCAUCAGACUAUUACAGGUGCAGGUGGUCUUUCACAUAACGCAGUCGCAAGCCACUUAGGGCUUUAAAGGCUAAUACCAACAGCUUAAAUUGGUCCUGGAAACAAAUAAGCAGCCAGCAUAACUGACACAGAAUAAGUGUCACAUGGCUCAGGAGUUCUAGCUGCUGUCUUCUGCUCCAAUUGUAAUUUCAGUACCAUCUUCCCGGGCAACCCCAUGUAAAGUGCAUUACAGUGAGUAAGCUUGGAUGUAACUGGAGCAUGUGCUGCUGAGGCAAGGCCAGCUUUUUACAGCUGGCGAACCAGCACAAGCUAAUAAAAAACACUCCUGGGUGCCAACACCACUUGCAUCUCCAUGGUAACCACCACUGAGCAGAGGUGAACAGCACACCUGGCUCUUUGGGGGGAGUUUAGCCCCAUCCAGAAUAAGCAGAUCUCCCCACUCAUAACACUUCCAUCUUCUCUGGGCUAAGCUUCAGCUUGUUUGCUCCCACCCACAAAUUGCUCCCAAACACCUGCUUAGGAUUUCCACAACGUCCUUGGGAUUAGAAGACGAAAACAAGUUCAAAGCUGCUUACUAUCUGCAUCUGGCAUUUUAGCCCAAACAUUUGGAUGAUUUUACCCAGCAGUUUUACAUAGAUGUUAGAAAGCUUAGGGAACCUUGAGGCACAUCAAAAUCUUGGGGUGGAACAGAGGUCUCACAGCAUCACCUUUGAAUAUCGUAAGAAGAGACCUGCUAGGUAAGGUAAGGUAAGGUAAGGUAAAGGACCCCUGGACGGUUAAGUCCAGUCAAAGAUGACUAUAGGGUGCAGCGCUUAUCUUGCUUCAGGCCGAGGGAGCUGGCAUUUGUCCACAGACAGUUUACCGGAUCAUUUGGCCAGCAUAACUAAACUGCUUCUGGUGCAACAGAACACCUUGAUGGAAGCCAGAGUGCACAGAAACGCCAUUUACCUUCCCACUGCAGCGGUACCUAUUUAUCUACUUGCUCUGGUAUGCUUUUGAACUGCUAGGUUGGCGGAAGCUGGGAUAGAGCAACAGGAGCUCACCCUGUCGCACGGAUUCGAACUGCUGACCUUCUGAUCAGCAAGUCCAAGAGGCUCAGUGGUUUAGACCACAGUGCCACCUGCAUCCUACUGGAUUAGGUCAAGGGCUAUAUGCUCCAGCACCUUGUUGUCCCAGUGGCUGACCAGAUGCCUGUAGGAAGCCCAGAAGCAGGACCUGUUCUCCCUCCCUCCAGUUAGGACAAGGGAACACAGUGUUGUUGUGGCUUGAGUCCCAACAGAGAGAGAAUUCAAUUGGUCCAUGAUAUAAAGAAUUGCUGAGAGGUUCAGGAGAAUAUACUCUUUUGUCUCUUCUUUAUUGUAAUGGAUCUGAAUAAUCAAUAUUCUCCAAGACUGCUGGAAUUGAUGAGCAGACAUCUAGUCUUGGACUUUGCUUUCAAAUGGUACAUUGGAAACUGGUUGAUAAUUUUCAAAGCCAUAGAAUCUAAAUUUGGCUUUUUAAAAAAAGAGGAAACGGGUCACUGUUGACUCCCUUCCAGUGAUAAGGCGCUUCUCAAAUCUUUCCCCACUUGUGUAUGAAGUGACACAUUUAGGGUGUGUUUUUGCCAGCUCUAAAUAUAUGUGUGCUCCCUGCUUGGGAGCGUUUGCUUGUAGAGACCUAGGGAUGGGGAUUGAAUUGUGAGUAAUAGCAAGUACAAUGCACAUACGUCCAGAUUAGGAACAUCUUACAAGGCAUCAACAAAAGACAAAAUAAGGAUAGUGAUUUAUUAGGGCCAAGUGCCAGAAAUAGACACUAUGCUUGGUAAAUGGGGACAGUUAAAGAUGGUUUUAAAGUAGCGGAAGGAUUGUUAGAGAAAACUCACUUGGCUAUGUUGCUUGUACAGCUUCUGAUUUCUAUCCUGCCUGAAUAAUUCUAGCCUUGGGGGCAGAGUUCGGCAUCAAGUCCUCUUCUUUUGGGUAGACUGCAGAGUGCUUGCCCUUGGAUCAACUUGGAGGCUGCUGACCUGCAUCUGUCAAGAGACUCUUUGUCUAAAAAUCAAUGUCUGAUUAUGUUAUUGUCAGAAUCAGAGGUCUGCUCUCUUCACACAUCAUUUGGUAUUAUUUAUUCAUUUAAAAACAAUUAUAUACAGCUUAAUAUUUCAUGUAUGUCUAAGACUUUCCAGUCCUUGAUUAGUUUUAGUCCAGGGUUUGUUGCUUCUGUUGUUGGGGAGUUCAGAUUAGUACAGUAGAGGGUUAACAAUGCCUUUUGUUUUUAAUCUACAAGGCUGGCUUAGUUUAUUAGUGUUUUCUCAGGCUCCUUGUGCAACCUUCAUAUUGACUCACUGGUGUACCAGUCUCUGCCUGCCUGCCUGCCUGUAUUGUAUAUUGCGGAGUCUGUAGCCAAACUAGUUUGUGUGUAGAACAGAAUAUCGGAGGUUCUGUUUAAUCAACAUAGAGAUUUUGUAAAUAUAUACAGGUGGUGAGCAUUUCAUGUGGGGGUUCCGUUCCGGGCCCCCGCGCACAUUGGCAGAGUGUGCAUAAACGUCCCCUGUUCUGUCCUUGCCCGCCCCUGUUCCACCUCAUUCUACCCCUGUUCUGCCCUCUUGCGGGUCCAAAAGGACCUGCACAUCAGUGAUCAGGCAUCAAUUGGACAUGCCUAAGAUGGUUGCCGCCUGUAUUAGCAUAAAACAGGGAUGGUUCAGCUGUGACCCUUCAUAUGUUUUUGGACUUCUAGCAUGGCCAACAGCCAGGGCUUGUGGGAGCUGCCCUGCAGCAACAUCUCAACAGCUACAGGUUAGCCGCCCCUGGCAUAAAGCUUUACCAAGAAAAACACACACACCCUGCACUGAUAUCUAGACUCUAGCUGCAUUUUCUUUCAAAUGGGAGUCUCCCUCAGUCACACGCAGCAUGGGAAACAAGAGUCCCUUUGCGUUGUAUGGAUGUCUGUGGAAGGAGCUGGAAUCUCGAUGCCUGCUGUUUGUUUUUCUUAAUCUCUCCUACCUUAACCACCUUUCUCCCAAUUAAGAUCACCUGGUAUUGGAGCUUGGCUGAGAAAAAACCCCAUCCUGGAACUGAUGGGAAUUGAGUGGUUUGAACAUGCAGGGGGUCUUUAGAACCCUCUUCACCAUUGCUCCAUUUUUCUUGUUGCAUACCUGUUUAUUGCUAUGCAACAACAACAGCAAAACAAGUGGGUUGUUCAUCCCAUUUGAUUAAAGUUAUAAUUAAUGCCAUAUUUAUGUUGGAUCGUUUAAUCAGUGCUACAGUAUGUAUAUAAUAAUUUUGUUUUUGCUAAAUUCUUUUGGGAACAGAUGACCCUGAGAAAUAACAAGGCCCAUUAGAGACAUAUGUGCUUGAUUUUAAAACAAUGUAUUAGAUCAGCACUCAUUAUACAUGACCAUGCAGAAUGUUCUUUUUGUUUUGACUAGUUUGAGGUGGGAUACCUCAGUGAAAGAGCAUAUGUUUUGAGUGCAGCUCUUAAGUUUUAAUCCUGCUGAACUCUGUUUAUAAAGGAUCUCCAAGUUUCAGAACUUGUAAAUAACUCUCUUUGCUUGAAUCACUGGAUGAAUACUGCAAGUUGGAAAAACCCCAAAACAAUUCAGGACUAGAUGGACUAAUGAUUGAAUUCUGUAUAAGGUAAUACCCAACAUUCUAAAAUGUUUACAGUGAAAUAUUUUCUUACUAGGAUCAUGUCUGUCAGCUGUUCCACUUCUCUACCUACCAAUCAAAUUCAGAUACACAUGUAGCUUUCUAUUUAAAUCAACUUGGGACAUACAUGUAUACUGAUUUUUAUACCAUCUUAGCUUUACCUCCAAAGCAUCCUGGGAAGUGUAGUUUGGUGAGAGUGUGAAUAAUUCUCUCUCAAGAUUUCUCUAGCCAUGUUUGCACAGUUACAAUUCCUGUGGUUCCCCAGAAAGAGUUACUGCAGUAGUCCCUUGUUGUAGAUAUGUUUUGUGUGUCCUUCAGUAAAUUACUUUCUUAUUAUUACAAAGCAGAAAUGUAUUUUAAGACAGAUGUGUUAGUAAUGGAACAGUGGCUUUCUCAGUUAGAUAAAGUGUAAACUUGAGAUGCAUUCUCUUAUUUCAAGGAUUAGAUAAGAAAGCAGUGGGACUAAGAUAUGAUGUCUGAAAUGAUAAAACUAUAUGUAAGGAAGGUAAAAGGGACAUGGGUGGCACUGUGGGUUAAACCACAGAGUCUAGGGCUUGCCGAUCAGAAGGUCAGUGGUUCGAAUCCCCGCAAUGGGGUGAGCUCCCGUUGUUCGGUCCCUGCUCCUGUCAGCAUAGCAGUUUGAAAGCACGCAGUGCAAGUAGAUAAAUAGGUACUGCUCCGGCGCGAAGGUAAAUGGUGUUUCCGUGCGCUGCUCUGGUUCACCAGAAGCGGCUUAGUCAUGCUGGCCACAUGACCCGGAAGCUGUACGCCGGCUCCCUUGGCCAAUAAAGCGAGAUGAGCGCCGCAACCCCAGAGUCAUCUGUGGCUGGACCUAAUGGUCAGGGGUCCCUUUACCUUUAAGGAAGGUAAAGUAGAUGGGCACUUCUCAAUGCUUGACAAAUGCUUACUGGUUUUUGUAAAAGAAAGCAUACUGUUUUGCCUAGAAUUGAUUUUUGAUGAAAUCCAGCAUUGCCUGUGGAUGUGAAGAGAUUUCCCCUUCCUCUCCCCCCCACCCCCUGCAACCCCCAACCUUUCAGAGUAGAUUUGGUAUGGGGUGGGUGGGAGGGAGGCUGGAGGGGGAGGAGAGAAUAUAGAUGCCUUGCUUGUGCAAGCCAAAGUCCAUUGCACAAGUGGGGUUCCACAACUGGGUAUCCCUCUCCCCCACCCCCAUGUAAUAAACUGUUAAAUUAAGAGAGAGAAAUCCAGACAGUCAUAGGCUUUUUAGGGAUAUUGAUGUCAGUUGCUGGCUGAUUUUCUUGAAUGUUGAUUAGAGACAAAUGGACAUACAGGCCCCACCCUGUUUUCAGGCCACUUCUGGGGAGGUAGAGAUGACUGUGUGUGUGCUUGCGUGUCAAUUGGACAUGUAUAAAAUGGUCGCUGCCUGUACUAUAUUCGACUUAAGAGUCUGUUAUUUAAUUUUCCCUAUAAUGGUAGUGGUGGUGUGAGAUUCUGUCAGGAGUAAAGCACCCAGAGAAGUUAACUCUUUAUUAAAAGAAACCAAAACAGUGCAAGCCUAGUGAUCAAGCAACUCUUCCCAGUAGGUCUUGCCCCAGUGAGGCAGUUGUGAGGUCCGAAGGUCCCCUCCUUCCCACUGUUCUCUAAGGCACCUCUCGUGGUUCCUUCCCUGGGAGCCUAAGACUCUGUCAUCUUGUCUCUCUUUGCUCCAUCCUUUUCAUUUCUCACUGCAUUCUGGGAGACCAUGGGGGAAGGGGAGACUCCCUGGAUCUUCAGCCUGCCUGAUCUCUGCCUCUUGCCCCUCCCUUCUGCCUCUGAUUCUGGGCUGCUCUCUGCCCCUGCUCUCUGCUCACUAAACCCUGUUGCCUUUUCAGCUUCCGACACCUCCUCCUCCUCCCAGUCUGCUCCCUCUUCUGCCUCUGACCACUCAUCAUUGUCCUACCACCAAUCCCCUGGCUCUAAGCCGUCUUCCCCUGAGAGUUCCCAUGGGGAUUCCCCAGCUAGUGCCUCCCACCAUCCUCUGCAUCCUGCCAGUCCAUGACGUCUUGUGACAGAGUUACCACCAAUUUCUUCCUAGAGUUGCUUUUUGAGGACUUGGGAGUGUUUUAUAUAACAAGCUCAGUCAGCAGAGCAUGAGACUCUCAAUCUUAGAGUCUUAGAGUUGUAAGUUUGGGGGAAAAGAUUCCUUCAUGGCAGAGAGUUGGACUAGAUGACCCUCGUGGUCCCUUCUAACGCUUAUGAUUGUAUGACUAAAGUGGUUGCAGAAUUAGUUUUCCAACAGAGGUGCAGUGUGUUGGGUUGGUUACACAGAGACUAGGGGAUGCUUUCAAGUGUCAUCACUUUUCAGAUUUAAGAAAAAACUAGUUUUGGCUAAUAAUUUCUGGAAAGAAGAUUCUUUCAUUUCUGUUUUUAGUGGCGAUCAUAUGAUUUGUAUAUUAGCAUUAGUGGUAUAUAUUCAUGUCUAUAUGUAUGCAGAAGUGCCAGGUGCAACUCCUUAGGAAAUGGAGGGUUUUUUUCUUUUCUUUUGGUAGAAUAAACUAGAAAGCCAAAGUGCCUUUUAUUCAUGGAAUUUAGAGUGUUGCAAUUAACUUCUUAGUCUGGCAAUUUCAAUAGUUUCCCAUUUAACACAAAUUAAAAUAUUUUUAUUCUUCUUACACCUUUUCCCCUGCGCCACAACAUAUAGUAGCAGUUCCUAUUUGAUUGAAAUGGGAUUCCCCCCGCCCCCCAUUCUGUCCAGGAGCUGUGGAGCAUCUGUAGGCCCUGGAUUAUGGGAGGGGUAUAAACAUAAAUAACAAAUCCAGUUUGAGAUUACUUUACAUAUCAUUUAAGAAUGAUUGUUUAAAUAUAUAUUUGUCCUUGAUGUGGAGAUACAAUAUAGCUUGUCAGCAAAUGGAUAGUAGCUAUUUAAAGAGAAGAAGGUUAUAGGAUAAAUUGUACUGGUUCAGGUGAUUGGGAAUACAAAGCAGGCUAAUGAAAGCUUUCACUUCAGAAUAGAACGAAUCAUAUUUUGUAUGAACUUGUGGAUUGUUCUUUACUAAAGUUAUUUAAAAUAUGCAAGGAUCAAACAGCUUCAGAUCAUGGUUUAAUAAUGUAACCUUAGGGAGAAAAGGCAUUUAUGGGAGUGUGAGAGAGGUCUGGAAAUUGAUGCAUGGUGCGGAAAAGGUAGAAAUAAUUUUCUUCUACUCUCAGAAGAUGAGAACUUGGAGUUUUACAAUUAAAUUGAUUUAGAAGUAGAUUCGCAAUCGGCAAAAAAGUACUUCACUCAACACAUAAUUAGCAUGUGGAAUUUGCUGUCAUUGCCACUGAUUACAUGAUACAUUGCAUGUAAUUUGUUCCAUAUUAUUUUAUACUGACGCAGCAAAGAAACAAGAGGCAGAGAAAGAAAUCUGUAUGUAUGCUGUAGAAUAUUGGGACAGUCAGUUCAGUGCAUGCAUGAACAUUAUCAGCUAUUUUGUCCAAAGAUUCUUGCAAAUGUAUUCUUCAAUAUUUGUCAAUAUGAAUUAUGAUGCAAGGCUUUUUCUGUGAAUUGUGAUAGAUGGGUUACUUGACUGUUGGGGACAGUGGGGCUUUGAACUCAGGUUUUGUCUUUUUCUUCAAUUUGCAUUUUAUUAUAUUAUUAUUAUUAGUUUGCAUUUUAUUUUAAGCCUUGAAUUACAGUCAAGUGGCUCCCUUAGCUCUUUCUCAAUCAUUCCCUCCUUACAUAGAAACACACUCACUAGCUAAGCUAAGGACAGCUGUAGCCCUGCUGGAAAUGGGGAGCAGUCUGCUGGGCUACAGCCUUGGUAGGGUGGCGACUGCUCUUCCUGGCUUUUGUGCACACAAGAAGUUCCACUAGUGGUGCAGCUGUACAAACAAGAGGGAAGAAACCUGCUUUUCACCAAUCUGCUACAAGAGUCUUCUCUUGAGCCACUUUAUGCUUGACUUGUGGGUUUGCAAAGGCAGUGGGAAAGGCUUUGUUUGUUCCUAUGUCCUAGGGCUGAUUUGCUCAGUUGCAGCCAGUUUUUCCACUCUGGUUUUUGCACAUCUGAUGUGAGAGGGGAUGUCAGCUGAUGGGCAGCUGAUCCAUGGUGGGAAUGGCUUGGUGGGCCAAGGUUGGGACCCAGGGUAAAAGUUUUUUACCUCUGUCUUAGAGACUCGGGAGUAAAGAAUGUUUCUUAAUCGUAUACUUAAUGGUGUACUGCAGUGCUAUAUGCAUUUUGUAUUUAUUUUGGUAAUUAAGCUUUGAAAUAUCAUUUAAAAGAGCAUUUAAAGAAUAAUAGACAAUCAGUAAUGGAAAGAGAGGAAUAAAUUUGUUAUUGAUAAAGAAAUAGUAAUGUUUUGAUUUGUUGCGAAGUAUUUAGUGGUUGUUGUGUUUAUCUGCCUUCAUUGCAAUUUUUGUAUGUAAUAAACUCUGCUUACAAACAUAAUUUGGGACCUGUUGUGUUUACAAAAUAUGGCAAUUUCCAAGCUGUGGUUUGUUUUGAGAUUUAUUUAUUCUAAAAACUAUAAAGGUACAAUGCUUUAAAUUUAUUUUAUCUCUAGAAGAAUGAUUACUCUAACUAAAUCCUACACUGGUCAACCAUGUAUAAGAGUAUGCUGGGAGCUCUCUGGUAGUAAUUCAGCAGGCGAGAAAGAUCUCUAUCUCUUUGGUAGAAUGUAAUGGAAGUAUAGUAUUUGUUAAAUGUGUGUUAUUAACAACAAAGAUUGUCUGUGGGAUGCUGAGGUAGAGGAGAGUGAAAAGUGAUUGGUUAGGUUUUGUUUUUUUUGAUGUAGUAAGGCUUGUUUUGAAAUAGGUGGGGAACCUCUGCCUUCAUAUUAUUUAUAAUUUAUAAUUUCACUUUACUUUCUUAUUGAAAUUGUCCGCAUUUGCAUCCUCAGUAUUUCACCUUUAAGAAAGUACCAUUCAUCUUGGACUCACUUCUCUUUGAGUAUUUCUGCCUAUGGGAUCUCACCCAUUAAGCUUUUUGAAAUCAGCCUUCUUAAAGUCUAGAGUGGGUGUCUGAUUAUACUCAAUUUUCCCUUGCCUGUGUAUAAUGAAAACCAAGAGGCCACGAUCACUUCCUCCCAAGUUUCCCAGUACCUCCCUUUUGUCAAUCAAUUCCUGCCUGUUGGUGAGGGCCAGGUCCAACAUAGACGAGCCCCUUGUUGCUUCUUCCACCUUCUGGAAAAUGAAAUUGUCAGUGAGGCAAUUGAGGAUUUUGUUGGGCCUUACAAUCUUGGCAGAGUUUGAGUUCCAACAGAUAUCAGUGUAGUUUCCCAUGACUACUAUAUUUCUCCCUGUUUGUUAUCUUGUUUCAGACCAGUGUUAUAGUACUAUUUAAGUACUUUUAAUAAUAUACAAAUUGACUGAGUACCUCUGUUACUUUCUUGCUUUUCAGUUUGACAGGGCUUGCAAUUGAAGGUCAUAUCAAGGCUCAUUCCAUUCGGGGCAGAGCAGCUUUGGCAGCUAUCCUCAGAUCUGUCAGUGUCCAAGAGAUUAGCAGGCCAGCCAUAUGGUUGAGCAGGUUCACAUUUACAAAGAGUUAUUACUUAGUUACCAUUCAGACAAAACCUUUACUUAGGUGCUGCAGAAUUGCUUUACUUGAGAAGGGUGUCUGGAUUCAAAUUUUCAUCCCUUCCAUGUGUAAUAUAUUUUUGUGUGCCUACAAGUUGUGGAUACUUCUGGUGUUAGCUUCACUUGGAAUUUUGAAAACAUGAUUGCUGCUGUCAUGCAUCUGAGUUGAGGAAGCAAGUUGAAAGAAGAAACGAACUUUACCCAUUGAGAGGUUCCCAAAUGGCAAUGUGUUUUACAGUAAUGAAUUGCCUUAUGCUGUAGAUGCUUCUACUAUAUUGAUAAAAAAGGACCUUUAAAAGCAAAACAGGAGAAUUCCAGUUUAAAUCUCUUCUUGCCUGUGAAUGUAGCUUCACUUCUCUGUGUUAUGGAAAAUAGUAAUAUUGGACUUUGAUUUUUUUUUGCUCACAAGUGUGCUGCUGUCUGUAAUGAGUGACGAACCUUAAAACAGCAGAUAUGGGUAGAUUGUUCCAGCAAUUUCAUUGUACUACCCCCCUUUCAAGUUUGGGAGAAAGACUGUGGAAAAGCCAUGUUUCUGAGGCACCUGGUGCACACUGGCCUUGAAAGCAGCCAAACCAGCAAAUUCCUCACACCAGGUCCUGGACACCACAAUCUGACAAAACAUUAUGGACCAUUGUUUGUAAAGAAUGCUGAGAUAAUGUUGAGCACAGUUAAGAAAAAGGUAUAUAAAUACUACAUUCCUGAAUGGUUGCUUGCUCCCAAUGUCUUUGUAGUUAAUCAAUUGUGGUUAGUUCAAACAAAAUUUAUUACUAGUACAGGGAAGUGAGCAAAAAUGAACAUACACAUGCAUUGAACUUUCAAGGCUGGUCAGAAGAGCAUUUUAUAAACUCACUGAAUGAGCACCACACAAGAUUUUAUUCUCGAGGUAUAUAUGUAAAGAAUACCAUCCUACUCACCAUUCUUCCAAGCCAGGGGUAUCCAAUGUGAUGUCAUCUAGGUAUAGCUGAGCUCCAGCUCUCAUCAUUCCCAGCUACCAUGACUAAUGAUCAGGGAUAAUGGGAGUUGUAGAACAAUAAAAUCUGGAAGGCACAAUGUUGGUUGCUUCUGUUUCAGAUUCAAAGCUGUCUGUAUAAGGUUUCCAAAUGGUGACCUAUCUAGGUAGUUGUAGCCACUCCUAGACCGUGUCCCCAUCUCCCAACCUGCAAUAUGAUCCUGUGUUCAAUAUUGUUUUAAAAGCCAGCAACGCAACAAGGUGAAUUAACCAGGUUGCACUUGCCAUCUCUCUUACAAGUCAUCGACCAGAAUGAUCAAAGUUAUUUCAGUGCUGUAAUUAAGCCUGAAGCCUGAAUGAAUUGAAUCAGGAUUAUCUGCUUCCAAGCAUGUUUGAAGUAGCCUGGCCACCACCCUCUCAAGCAUAUUGCCUGCAAAGAGGGUUUCAGUGAUUGAGUGGUAGUUGUUCAGGACAAUGUGGGCUUCUUGAAGUGGGCCUGUGCCACUGUAUCCUUCAAGGCAGCUGGUAGUAUACCAUCUUGCAAGGAGCAUUUACCACUAGACCCUAGACCCAUCCAGUUAAUCACUUGCAACUAGUUUUUAAUAGCCAAGGUUGACAAGGGUCAAGGUGGCUGCCCAGAGCCCGUCAAGUGACUUGUUUGAGACCUGAGGCCUCAACUGAAUCUAACUCCCAAUAAUUAGAUCAGGCAGUACUCAGGACACACCGACACUGUUAAGUACUUAAGAGUCAGGAAUAAGUGCAUGCUGGCAUUGAGUAUAUAGAAGUAUAAACACUGUAAGUUUGAAAAUAGUUUAUCUUUUGUUAAAUAACCUGCAGGGACAUGCAUGUUGUACAGUAUGCUGUUUAUAAAGUAAUGUUUUAUAUGCAUCCAUCAGUAUAUAAUUUGAAAAAGCAAAUUCAUAUAUGGACAAGAUUACAAAUCUCUACGGUACAUUAUGAAUACCUAAUGUACCGUAGUAGGAAUUAAUGGAGAUUCCUAUAUACUGAUAUAUUUCUAUAUAUAAUUAACCUACUAUAAGGGUUGACCCUUUAAAAAUAAAAUUGUAGUCUGCUUCCCUUUAUUAAAUAAACUCAGAAAGCUGUUUGGUUCUUCAGUGAAAAAUCAGAAUUAUUAUAAUUUGAAUAUAGUGCUGCACUUCUGAACAGGCUUAGCAUGCUUUAAACUGUGCUAUGUUAAGCUUCUAGUUGGAGAAUAGUAGCUUACAAGCAAGUGAACAUUUUAGACCCCCCAAUCCCCUCCUGCUUUAAGAAUUCAGUUCAAGAUUCUAAUGUGGAUGAGUGUAUAAUGAAGACUGCAUUUCCUUGGAGUAGCAAUGGUUGUACAGUUUUAGUGCUUAAGAUGACUCUAAAACAACAUACAGUACUUAGUAUUUAAAUCCAAGUGUACAAAAGGACUUGCAAUUUUUGUGUGUGUAGUAUGAGCAAACUUCAAACAAGCACAGAAAAGUUUUAACAUUUUCAUGGAUUUAUAAUUAAAUUAUUAGGAAACAACUGCCAAAGUUUACUGACUCUUUCCCUUUUUUCCUCUUCUUUCAGGUAUGGCCUCACAAGUCUUGGUCUAUCCACCAUAUGUUUAUCAAACUCAGUCAAGUGCCUUUUGUAGUGUGAAGAAACUAAAAGUGGAGCCAAGUAGUUGCGUGUACCAUGAACGAAUCUACCCACGGAUCUAUGUGAAUGAUAAUUUUUUUGGAAUUGCUCAGCCUCCGAGCAGUGUUGGUACUUUCUUGCAGGCUAGAAACCUAUUUGACAGACCUCAAAGAGAGACCUUUUUGUUGCAGACCAGUGCUGUUGCUUUAAAAAAUAUUGCAGGUGCUACAGAGAUAUUAGCAGUGCAGGCACAGCAACCUCAAGUGGAAGCACCUUGGACUGAGAUACAGGAAAGUGGGUUAAACGUCUUGGACCGCCCCCAGCGAUGUGGACUGAAGCGUAAGAGUGAAGAGUUGGAGAAUCAGAGUGGCGCAAUGCAGAUUGUUGAUGAACUGCCUAUAUUGCCUGCAAUGUUGCAAACAAACUUGGGAAACCCAGUGACGGUUGUGACAGCUACUGCAACUUCAAAACCAAGUGGUACCAAUGGAGAUGGAGAUUAUCAGUUAGUGCAUCACGAGGUGUUAUGCUCUGUGAAAAAUACUUACGAGGUUCUUGAUUUCCUUGGGCGAGGGACUUUUGGACAAGUAGUAAAGUGCUGGAAAAGAGGGACAAAUGAAAUAGUGGCAAUCAAAAUUCUAAAGAAUCAUCCAUCUUAUGCACGCCAAGGACAAAUAGAAGUGAGCAUAUUAGCAAGACUGAGUACUGAGAAUGCUGAUGAGUUUAACUUCGUGAGAGCGUAUGAGUGCUUUCAGCAUCGAAACCAUACUUGCUUAGUUUUUGAGAUGUUGGAACAGAAUUUAUAUGACUUUCUGAAACAAAAUAAAUUUAGUCCUCUCCAGCUAAAAGUAAUACGGCCUAUUCUGCAACAGGUGGCCACUGCACUGAAAAAACUAAAAAGUCUUGGUUUAAUACACGCUGACCUCAAACCAGAAAACAUUAUGUUGGUGGAUCCUGCCCGGCAGCCGUACAGAGUUAAGGUAAUAGACUUCGGAUCUGCUAGCCAUGUAUCAAAGACUGUCUGCUCAACAUAUUUGCAGUCUCGGUACUACAGGUAUGUAGCUUUCUGUAUUUAAUCGUUUUUCUGCCCUCUGAUUGGUAUUUUUGAAGCUUUGACUUUGCUCCAGUGUCUGCAGUUUACUAAAUUGCAUGCUAAGCAUGUUGAUUUGGAUACGUCUUGAAUUGAAUUACAUUUUUCAUUGCUCUCUAGAAUAUUUACCCCAUUAAACAGAGUGUAAAUAUUUUUGUUUUGGUUCUGCACAGAAGCCCUCAUAAGCAUAACUUCAGUUUAAGUGUCAUGUGUAAAACUGGACUAUCUGACUUUUAAAGUGGAUUAUGAGGUAAUAGUCCAGAAGAGGUUAUUUUUGAAUUCUGCUUUGUAAAGCACAAUUCAGAAUAUGUCCUUUGUGUGUGCAAGAUAGCCUGGGAGAGAGAGAAAAGUUGAUAUAAACCUGAUUUUAUCAUAUACCUUAUACUUUAUAGCUAAAUACCUUAUAGCUAAAUCUUUGGUUGAAGGGAUAUGAAUUCAGCAAACGUACAUGUUACCUCUUGAAAUUUGAGAGUACUUUUUAUUUUGUGUAGUAACUAUUAUGCAAAUAUUAUGGGUGAUAUCCAGUGGUGCCUUGUAUGCCUCCUUCCAGCAACUCCUGCAGCCAAACCGAUGCCAAACGUUUUGCCCUACUUUGGACCACAUCAGCGAGACCGCUGGGGUCUUGUCAUCUGGGCAGCCCAGGACUGUCAUACACAUUGCCCAGGGAGGUCACUUUGGUGCUGCUAAUGCAGCGGUUUGACUUAACCCACAGAGGUGCACUCCAUUGUCUCUCGAGACAGAUGGAUGCCAACAAGUGUCAAAUGUUAGUCACAACUCAGUGUAGACCAGGCAUGGCCAAACUCGGCUCUCCAGAUGUUUUGGGACUUCAACUCCCAUCAUCCCUAGCUAACAGGACCAGUGGUCAGGGAUGAUGGGAGUUGUAGUCCCAAAACAUCUGGAGGGCUGAGUUUGCCUAUGCCUGGAAAUCAGUGGGCUAACCUUGGGUUUUUUAAAAUACUGCAGGUUGGCCUUAAUUACUAUGGGUUGGAUCCAGAUUUUUUUGGAAGCAAAACUUUGUUUAACUGGUCACUUCCGUGGGUGGAAGGAGGGAGGAGGUGAGUUUUGCUGAUUCCUCGAUCACUGUACCUUCCCCAAACAGGAGGAUUGUGGGGGCAGUGCCCGCUGGAACUGUUGUGGGAGCUAGUACUGGGGCCUGAAACAGAACAGGAUCCUGAGCCAUUCCACAAACUGCAGGUGCUCUUUUGUUCUCAGAAGGACGAGUCUGGAUCUAAUCUUAAAGGUAUUAAUGAAUUUAAAUUCCUGUGGAAUAAAGUCUACAUGCUGGCUAAAGCUGGCAGAGUUGCUAAAAAUGGAGAGGUGUAGAAAUAUUUUUACAGAUAUUAGUGAUUGACUAGUAUUGAUAGCAGGGACGCGGGUGGCGCUGUGGGUAAAACCUCAGCGCCUAGGACUUGCCGAUCACAUGGUCGGCAGUUCGAAUCCCCGCGGCGGGGUGCGCUCCCGUCGUUCGGUCCCAGCGCCUGCCAACCUAGCAGUUCGAACACCUCCGGGUGCAAGUAGAUAAAUAGGGACCGCUUACCAGCGGGAAGGUAAACGGCGUUCCGUGUGCUGCGCUGGCUCGCCAGAUGCAGCUUGUCACGCUGGCCACGUGACCCGGAAGUGUCUGCGGACAGCGCUGGCUCCCGGCCUCUAGAGUGAGAUGAGCGCACAACCCUAGAGUCUGGCAAGACUGGCCCGUAUGGGCAGGGGUACCUUUACCUUUAUUAUUGAUAGCAACUGUUGAAAUGGCUGACAUAAGGAAUGGUGGAAAUGCGCCUGCUUCAGCUCCACUUCUGAAACAAAGCAGGUCUGCUUUAGAGUAUUAGGAUACCUAUGUGUUUUACUUUGAGGUCCUCUUGAGAGGGGAAAAUUGAAAAGAGACAGGAAGAAUAUGAAUUUUUCAUUUCACUUUUCAUUACACAAGGUGGUUUACAAACAGAAGAUACAACCAAAUAUACAACACACAUUAUAAUAUGAACCCUGGUUUAAAAGAAAUAAUGCAUGAAGUGUUGAAGACACAGCUCUUUUAGAUUCCUCAUCAGCAGACCUGAUGUACCUGGAGUUGACUAUGGAGAGAUUUUUUCAGUUGUAGCACAAUCUUUAUAGAAUCAUCCCCACUCUGCACUAAGGCAAAUGGCAACACUGGCGUUUCAGUGAUUGCUAAAUCUCAUUAACUUUUUCCCCAUGGCUGUUAGUAUCAAAUGGUUGAAUUCAUCUGUUUUAUUUCUGCUCUGGCCUGUUGACUGGUGUGUUAUUUUCUAUUGUAAUUUUAACGUAUUUAUUCUAUACUGCUUUUUCACGUCAAAUGAAAGGCAGUGGAUAGAUAUUUUAAAUAAAAACAGUAACUGCUGUAUAACAAUAUGGAAUAAAGCAUUUCAAUUGCUCAGAAGUGCCAUAUGAAGGAUGAAUAGAUUUCUCUGAAAGUGGAGUACUUGAAAACUGAGGAAGUUCAUGAACUUGGAUAUCUAUAUAAUGCUGACAGAAAAUAUUUUAGUUAUCUCUCUUCAGUCUUGCUAUCAGCUUCGUGAAGCAGGUACAUAUGAAAUCUAUAGCUAGCAAGGGGCCUAGUGGAGCUGUUCUGUUAUUGACGUACAUCUGAUGAAGUGGUCUGCAAUCCCUGAAAGCUUAUGCCAUAAUAAUGCUGUUGGUCUUUUAGAUCCCACAAGUGCAACAGUCUGACAAGGGUACACCUCUGGAAAUCUGAGUAUUUUUUUGACCAUAUGUGUCUUACCUGGCAAUACAUGUUAUCUGCAGGAGUUCUGUUUGGGUUUUUUUUAAACUUGAAACCAUUGUAAUUUAGUUUUCUGUUUUUUAAAGCUGUAAAAAUUAUUUCAAAUUCCUGAGUACUAGAAUGAGAUGUUCAGGAUCCAGCUUCAGAUGUUUUGAGCCACUAGUGUUAUCAGGAGAGAGCAACAUAUUUUGUUUCAUACAAAUAUUUUAAUACAAACUAUUUAUCUACAGUGGUACCUCGGGUUACAGACGCUUCAGGUUACAGAAACUUCAGGUUACAGACUCUGCUAACCCAGAAAUAGUACCUUGGGUUAAUAACUUUGCUUCAGGAUGAGAACAGAAAUUGUGUGGCGGUGGCGCGGCGCCAGCAGGAGUCCCCAUUAGUUAAAGUGGUACUUCAGGUUAAGAACAGUUUCAGGUUAGGAACGAACCUCCAGAACGAACUAAGUUCUUAACUUGAGGUACCACUGUACUUGGUUGGUGACUAGGAUUAGAUUAAAGAUGGCACAGCCAAGGUUAGUUGAUAAUUUUAAAAAUAAAUUGUUUUAUGGUCAAAACUGUACUUGGAGGACUGAUAAAUGAAUAUCAUUUCUGCCCUUUGUAUUAAAGUUGAAUCUUAAGACAGUUUCCCAAGGGGAGAAAUUCAGUGUGGUUAGGCUAAGCAUUCUGAUAAUAUUUCAUGAGAAAGCUCAGCAGACAUUGUUAAAGCAGAUAAGCAGGUGUUUUUACAUUUCUAGCUACAUUUUUAGUUCCGAAACAAAAUAUAUUUCUACAUGUGGUAUGCUAUAUAUAGUAUUUGUGAGCAAAAGCUGCUGCCUUUCAUAUUUUUCCAUCUUGUCACAUGCUGACAUGAUUUAGCUAUCUUUUUAUAAGUGAACAUUUCCCACAACCCUUGAUUUAGCUGCUGUUCAAGGGAUAUUGUGAAAUUAUGCAUAUUCGUGUUGUAUAAGUGGAAAUACAUAGUUCUGACCAUAUUCUACUCAUUGAUGAAAGAAGCAGCGCAUGAGAACCAGAACAAGAUUCCUCUGUAAACAACUUGAGCUGGAAUGUGGCCUCAGAUGUUAUUCUAUCACUUUGAACUGUGCAUCACUGAAAUGUUGUGGGGGAUAUCUUAAAAUAGGCAGGGGGUGGUGGCCAGAAACUGUUGACUACUAUAGAUGGUGAGGCUGUUUCGCUGGUGCAGUGAAAUAAGCCAGAAGUACAUGCUGCUAAGUGCGUUCAUUUGCUCAAGGUCAGCAUGCUCUAAGUCAGCUGCUAUGCUUUUAAGCCUAGUUACUGUUAGGGAAGAGGCAGGGGCUACUACAUGAAUUAAAGGCAGCUUUUUAAGAUAAGGGGCUGGAUUUCAGCAGACAGAUUCAGCAUACAGGAAAUUUUGGGGUGGCGUUUGUGUGUGGUUGGUUUGGUUUUUUCUUUUUUAGUUGAAGCCCAAAUUAUGUGGAUUGGUUCUACUGUUCAGCUGGCUGGUGUCGAUGUAAACAAACUGUGAAUUGUAAUUACCAAGCAUGCUGCUGCUUGGCAGUUACUUUACUGUUUAGCAUUUGUGCUUUCUCAAGCGGACAAUUUGAGCUGACACCUUUUUAAUUUUCCACUUUAGAACUAUAAACCUCCUAGGGCGUCCCCAUACUUUUUCACUUGUGGUGGUAUGUUUGUCCUGCCUCAUGUUAGAGUAGGUUUUGAUCCUUUCAGACUACUCAGGUGGGUAUCUACCAAAUAUUACAUCCUUUUUAAAAGUUGAUUUGCUGAUACAUUCAUGUCCUUUUUCUGCAUUGAGUCACUCUGUCUGGAGUUAUCGCCUGCUGACCCUAGCAAUCUUUCAAGUGGAAUUCAGAUAUGGUUACAUCAAGCAGCAUUAGCAUCUGGUAUUCUUUUCUCUCUGUGUGUAGCUGUUAACUUUACUUCACUGGAGAGCUCAACUAUUUCUUGCUGGUUAUGCAAAAAACAAAAUCUGUUCUAGGGAGGCUGUUGGGUUCCACAGUGCCACAAGCUGACUAGAUUGUGUGUGAUAUAUGUGUGUGGGGUGUGUAUGUGUUAGUAAGGCAUUCCCUGGAAAAGAACAGUCAAUAAGACUUGACGCUGGUUUCUUAGCAUAAGGACAAUAUUUUCUCUUGAGUAAUCUUGCUAUGCACAAGCCAAACCCUAUGCUAUGUACUUCAAAUACUGUUCAUUUCAGCUGCUUGUAUGAUUAGCGAGGCGUGUUGUCUUGGUUUCCUCAAGUCAUUUCUCUUCUUGAGUCUAAUACUGUGCUUGACAAGAAUAAUCUCUUCCAUAGUGAUUCAGUAGUGAAUAUCCAGGGAUUUACCCUCUCCUUAGUCAUGAGUAACUGGGAACUCAAGAAGAUAUCUCAACUUCUAGAAAUUUGUGUGGAUAGGGAGAAGUCAUUUUUUCCCUUCCCUCUGGCCCAUCGUAGGCUGUCCUGCCCUUUCAACCAACCACUACCCCAAUUAUGGUGACUUUUAUUUACUUAUUGCUAAAACUGAUUACUAGUCCAUUGGCUAUCCAUUUGUCAUUUUAUUGACAAGUCAAAAUGUAAUGCGUCACUGGAGCUGAAUUGAAAGGACUGAAAUGUAAAACUCUUGAAUUUUAAGUCUGAAAUGUGUAACAUUGCUAAAACCAGUCUCCUCUUUUGACAGUUUGAUGAUAACUGUUCCUGCUUGAAAAACAAGAUUUUGCAGGAUCCACAAACUUAGAUCUGCCAGCCAACAUAUAUUUUAAUGUCAACAAACACAGAGACACUAGGCAAGAAUGGUCUGGUAGAUUGUAAAUCUUUCAAAGAACAAAAGGCUCUUGAGUAAAAUUAAGCCUGGAGUAAGGAUGUGGAUUCUGUCACGUGUUGGGAACUCAUCAUCACUUUCUUAUUACUAAAAUAAAUAUCAUAUACUGUAGAUGCUACUUAAACUUUGAUGGUGCAGUCUUAUACAGUUUCUUCAGAAUUAAGCCCCUCAGUGGUCAAUAGGACUUAAACUCAGAUAAGUUUGUAUAGUAUUGUAGCCUUAGUAAGAUAAUAUUUAGCAAACCAGCAUUAGCAGUUUUGAAUGUGGUUGUAAAAUUCAGUCAUUCCAAAUUUUUUAAAAUGAUGUGUAUUAAUGUUAAAACUAAUCACUGAAUGCAUUUGAAGGCAGUAUGGACUUAAACCCUGGUUUAGUGUCACAAAAAUGAGCCUAGCCUCCCACCUGUACUUGUGCUCCCUUUUUUCCCACUUCUUCCUCCAGCAUGACACAGAGGAGGAAUUUAGAAACAUUUGCUUUUAGCUGGCCAUUACUUCCCACGUUGUCCAAACCCAAAAUUGUGAAUUAACAAACCAACUUUAAACCAUGGAUAAGGAACCUCACUUCUUAAUACUGACCUUAAUUAGUGUUAAGACACAAUUCACUGCUGCAAGGUAUGAUGGUCACCACUUUAUUUGGCUUUAAAAGAGUAUUACAGUGGUGCCUCGCAAGACGAAAUUAAUCCGUUCCGCGAGUAUCUUCGUCUAGCGGUUUUUUUGUCUUGCGAAGCAACCCUAUUAGCGGCUUAGCGGAUUAGCGCUAUUAGCGGUUUAGCGGCUAUUAAAGGCUUAGCGGCUUAGCUGCUAAAAGGCUAUUAAAGGCUUAGCAGCUUAGAAAAAGGGGGGGGGAGCGAAAAAAAAUCUCAAGACUCGCAAGACAUUUUCGUCUUGCGAAGCAAGCCCAUAGGGAAAUUCGUCCUGCGAAGCGCGUUGAAAAACAGAAAACCCUUUCGUCUAGCGGGUUUUCCGUCUUGCGAGGCAUUCGUCUUGCGGGGCACCACUGUAGGUAGAUUUUAGUGGAGGCUAGACCUCCAUGAUAGCUCAGCAAAGGCUCUCAUAAACUAUUUCAAUGUAGAGCCCAAUACUGUACCUUUCAGGUAUACAUGUUCCCAUGAAGGAGGGCUUGUGUGUAGCUUGAAACAUGUUGGUUUUUUGGUUUUUAAUUUAGUUGUGUGGAGAUUUCCACUGACUGGUUUUUGUGCCACUUUUGUUUUGGGAACUCAUAGUAGAGCAUCCGUGUUGCAUGCAGAAGUCCAAGAUUCAACCCCUAUCAUAUCCAGGUAGGGCUGGGAAUGUACCCAAUCUGGAAUUCCGGAGAGUUGCUACCAGUCUGCGUUGACAGUUCUGAGCCAAAUGGACCAAUGAUCUGCAUAAGGCAAAUUCCAUUGUUCCCAUGUCUUCUUGGUCCAUGUUGGAAAUGGGACACUGGAUAGGUGGGCUGGUUCAUCAAGGCUGUUUUUAAUGGCUAACAAUACAAGUGAGGAAUUGCUAAUUUACAAGGGCCUUGGUGGGAGGAGCUGCUUUUAAAAGUUCCAUUUUAAUGCUCAUUUUUAGGUGGGAAACCUUCACUUUGAGAGAAUGACAUGCUUAGGAAGACAGUAGUAUUUAAGCAUGAUUGCAUACUGUCAAGUGUUUCAGCAAGUCAAAUUAUAUGUGUGUAAGUUUUUUGGGUCAAAAUCUGUCUGUCAAAAAUGUUUGUUGGCAAAGAGAAGAUUGUUUGCCUUACCAUGGUUUUGAUAUUGACACUGGGGCAUGCGUACAGCCCACUCUGUUGGUACACUCUUACCAGGGUCCCUGGUGUAUUGGGUUGAUUACAUCUGGCCCUAAUGCAACUUUCUGACAUUCAGGGACAUGUAGUCUGUAGGGACCUCCUGCCUCUGUAUAACCAUGUUGGAUUGCAGGAACUAAUUUGUUCUGAUGUAAGAUUGCAAGCACCAAUUUGCCUACAUUUGGUUUUUAAAUUACUGAAUAGGUUGGUCCAGGAGGCCAGAAAUACAGCGGCCAUUACAUUAUACAACAUGCCCAGGGCUGGCCUCUAUGAAAUUUUACCUCUUGUCGUAUAGCUGAAAGGCUUCCAACUUUUGGGAAAAGACAGUAACAGACUAAAAUAAUUUGCUUGCAUCACUCUGUUAUCUCAGAUUUGUUGUUACUCUGUGUUAUAAUUCUAUUAAACAGCCGACCAAUAUUUGGCCAGGCAGUGUGAUCUCUUUUAGAAGUAGAAAGAAAGAAAGAAAGAAAGAAAGAAAGAAAGAAAGAAAGAAAGAGGUGUAGAUUUUUAAAUAAAUCUGGACAUAUGUUUUUGCAUGUUGCGUGCCUCUAUCUUGUUCAGUACUGAAUCUGACACUGUUGUAAUAAUAUUAUGAUGUUUCCUUCUAUAGGUAAGGAAGCAGAAUAGUUUGUAAAAAUAUAGCCUACUGGCAGGCAGGUGAAUAAUUCUUUGUUUUAGUAGGCUUGUAUUUUUGACUGAAGUUUUCAAAGCAGCUCACAAUAUUAUAAAAAUUCAAUGGAUGCCAAAAGUUUUGUAACAAAAUUUAGGCAACUCAACUGGAGAAGGAGCAAGCUCCUGAAGUUUUUUUCUGUCUGCCUGCCUCCCCCUCUUCCUCCUGGAAUCCUUCCCACAUGGCAGAUGGCGUUGUGGCAGGUGAGGGGACAGGCCAGUUGUUUGACUUUUGUAUGCUUGACUGUCACAAGAAGACAUUCUAAGGUGAUGUCAUAGGUCCAUAAGCUUUCCAUUGUGUGUCUGUAUGUGUUUGAUGGGUAGGGGAUAGAUAGGAUUCAGUUUGGUUCCUUUGUUAGUGAGUUUAAUGAUAUCCUCAAAGAGAAAAUAAUUAGACACAUUCAUAACUAACAGUUGUAAUUGGGAGCUAAUGUGUUGUACUGAAAAGACAAAUGAUGUAUUCGGAUCUUUUUAGGAAUGCUACACAGCUAGAGAAAAUCAAUUUAGAGAAUUAAACGGAGACUAGCUGGCAACAAUUAAGACUCUCAAAUGCAUUUUAGACACAGAAUUGCUAUUGUAAUUCCAUUAUAGGUGAAGGGUAAGCAUUGGCAGCUGAAGCAUGGGGAAGCUGAAACAGGUGGUAAAGAAAGUUCAAAUCACAUGGCCAAAUUCAUGCUUCUUCUUUUUUUGCUAAAUUUGAAAAAAUGUGUUGCCAGGUAAUUUGUAUUUAUAGCCUUACAUUACUUAUGUAAAUUAAUUACAAUUUUGUAGCUUGCAGAAUACUUGCAGAAUUUGAGGGUUUGGGAGAAAGCGUAGCUUCACUGUAGGGGUGAGAAAUAUGCGUCAAUGCAGAGUAUGGGAAGAGGAUACGUGGAAGAAACAGAAUAGCUAGAAAGGACAAAGAAUCCCUGUCUUUAGAGAACUCUGGAGAUUUAUUUAUUUAUUGUUUUGGCUUUGCAGACACUAUAUGUCAACAUCCAACAUGGCAGCCAUGAGAGUUAGGAGCUUGGCAUGUAGUACAUAAUCCACUUAAUUUAGAGUUUUUCAUUUGAGCAUAGGGGACUGCUUCACAGUAAAUAGCUUGUAUAUUUCAGCUUAAUGUCUUCAGUGACUGCUUGACAGUCUAAGGAAUACACAUUUGUAUUAGAAGCGGGGUGUUGUCUUGUGCUUGUUUGGGAGCAAAAGCUCUUACUUAGCAGGCAAAAGUGGCUGCUGGCCAAGUAAUGAAGCCAGAUGUCUGUGGGAAGACCUGUGUGGCAGAAGAACCUGCCCCAGAAAUUUCUGUUUUGCUGUCAUAUUUGAUGCAAGGUGGGGUUUGCUCUUUCGUCACUGCCAAAAUUGCCAGGACCUGAGCAGGCUUCACACAUUGGAUGAAAGUGGAAGAUGUACAUGUGGAAGCCUUCCUGUUCUGAGACUGUAAACCACUUUACAACUGUCAGCUUUCAAGAUGUAAGGCUGACUUUAUUUGAAUAUUGUUGUUUGCAUCAACAUUAGACAUUCCAGGUAUGCUCAGAAGCAUACAGAGAAUUGGGAACUUAGGAAGAGUGUUCAGCUUUAGCCAGUGCUUGCGUUCUCUUCCUGCCCAGCUUGGUUAGUGUGGGAACUGGGAUAUGUUUUAUUUUAUUAUCUGUUUAUUGCCUCUAUAGCUCAGCUUCCCUCCAAGGAGCUCAAGGUGGCAUACACUGUUCUCUUACCCAUUUUGUCUUCACAACAACCCUGCAAGGUAAGCUAGACUGAGAGACAGUGAUUGGCCAAAGAUCACCAAGUGACCUUUAUGGCUUUGUGACGUUUUUAAUCCUGGCCUGGCAGGUCACAGUCUAGCACCCUUAACCACUACACCAGGAGUCAGCAAACUUUUUCAGCAGGGGGCCGGUCCACUGUCCCUCAGACUUUGUGGGGGCCGGACUAUAUUUUCAGGGGAAAAUGAAUGAAUUCCUAUGCCCCACAAAUAACCCAGAGAUGCAUUUUAGAUAAAAGGACACAUUCUACUCAUGUAAAAACAUGCUGAUUCCCGGACUGUCCGUGGGCCGGAUUUAGAAGGCGAUUGGGCCGGAUCUGGCCCCCGGGCCUUAGUUUACCUACCCAUGCACUACACCAUUAGCAGACAAGAAGAUGGAUGACGGUGGGGAAACGACCCGUGGCUGGAUGUUCUUUCAAGCUCUCAAAAGAAGUGUUCGGCUUUCCCAAAUGCAGCACAGCUCAUUUCAAAUUGAGAUGGGCUGAUUUCACAGCACUCCUCUCUACAUUAAACCAGUGGGAUGUAAAGUGCCAUUGAUUUUGUUGAGGCUCAAGCAUGCUUAAUGUUUGCUGGUUUGUGCCUUUGAACCCUGUUGCUCUGUAUUAUGCCUUUUAAAACUGUUGAUGAACAGUUGGAUUUCAUUUAAUUAGCCAGACAGUCAUGUGUCUCUUGAAUAUUCGUUGGACCAGGUUUUAAACUGCAUUUGCAGAGCAAUUUCAUGAUAAGCUUUUCUAAUAGACAUGCAUACUGAAUAGCGAAAACAGCUUGAUAGGGUUGUUCUCGAAAUGAUGACUUGACAGUAUCUCAUAGCAGUGGAAUCCGGCUAUCAAUUGUGUGCUAAUCCAGCUAAGUGGAGAGUCUUUCCUAGGAAAAUUCAGUAGUCAUGUGAGCAAAAUCAUUGGUUGUAAAAAUUGCUACCAGAAAUGCAAACAUCAUUUUAAUGUAUCUAGAUGCAAAUAUUAUAUGCAUUUUUGGGUAAUGAACAAACCGUAUUUCUGGAUUGGUUUAUUUAUUUACCAAAAUUUAUAUACUUCUUGAUUGUAAAGAAACAAACAGCCUCCCCACCCAAGUUUACAAAAAUAUAAAGCAUUAAAAUUAUGAAAAUCAUCUUUAAAUGUAUUCAGUUAUUCUUUUAUAGAUCAAAUUGACCAUUGAUUAAUAAAUUGCAUUAGUGUGAUUUUGUAAAAAAUGGGAUGCUUAUUAGAGCAUCCAAUAAAUUGAACUAAUUUGUCUUCAUAAAACAAUGGGUCAGAUAUUGUAACCGUGGGGGAUCUUCCACUAGGACUCCUGGCCCACAGUUGAAGGUGUGAAACAAUUUUUAAAAUCCUCCUCUUCCCCAAAUCUCAAAGCCACACACUCUGUCUAUCCAGCAGACACUCUUAUCAGGUUAGGGAGGACUGCUUGAAACCCCUUAAGAAUGGUCCUGUACCAUGUGGUAGCCUAUUAGAAUCAUACAUCUGUUCUGAGCAUGCUCAGAGCUGUUUCCAUGAAGGGCAUAUUUCAUAGCUUUUAGCCUGUUCUGGUAACUAGAGAAGCAACAGGGAGCGUAACUUACUUCGCUUUUGUUUCGUUUAGUAUUUGUUUUGUGACUUUGUUAUAGAGAGAGAGAGAGAGAGAGAGAGAGCAGGUAAGCAAUUUACAGUUGACACAGUGUGAGUCUCUUUCUAUAAUUAAUAUAUGUUUGCUUAAUCAUGCUGAAUAUAAUUUUUUGAAUUGGAUUGGGAGGAACAAUGGUGAAUGGCUUGUGUAUGCAACAAAUGCCAUAUUAGCCAUUUUCCUGCAUUCACUUAUUGAAAGUGGCUGUAGCUGCUGGGCAGUGCAGGUUGAGCCCCGUGCAGUUGUAUUUCCAGAAAAGGUGUGUGCAUGUGCUCCCAACAAGCCCCUUCCCUAGCUUAAAUUCAGGUUAUCUUGAAGGCAGAAUGGAGUAAAAAGCUGUUGGUAGUAUUUCUUGCUACCUUUUUUUUUGAGUGUCAGUGAAUAUUUGAAAUGAAAAAUAUGAGCUGUAUGCCUGUCUCAGUAUCACACUGACUCCAAAUCCUUUUCCUUUCUUUCUUUUAAAUAUAUUUUUUAUUGUUUUUCCAAUAUCGUUCCAAUGACAGCCUCACUAUAACAAUACCAAUUUUAUCCAAUUAAUACCAUUAUCAAUGUCAAUUAUUCAAAUGUCAAAUUAUACAAUAUAAUUAAACUGAACCCCUCACAUGCUAGAGUUGAUGAGUUCAUUCUUCUACAUUUUUUCUGCAUUCCAAAAUUUUAAUAAUUUCCAUUCCAUUCCAUUCAGAUAUAAUAAUCCCUUAUAUAACAGCUACAAUUGUGAUUUCAAUUCAUGUUGGUAUAAUAGGUAAUUUAUAAAGUUUCAAGUGAGGAACUAUGGCUGUAAUUCUUAUUCUUUUCUACCUCCUUUUUCACUGGAAGAUGCUGUCCUUAAUCUCAGACAUAAGAGGCUGAUUGUGAGUAGUCUAGUGUAAGCUACUCUGCACAUGAGCAGAGAUUAUUACUUCACAUUUUCAGGACUAAGCCAUACAUUGCAAAUAGGUUCUGGUGUGCUCUAGCUCAAAUGAAACAAUCAUUUUUUGUCUAUUGGUUGGAAAACUUUGUUCCUCUAACUUAGUGUUUUGGAUAAUAAAAGUCAAAAUGAUUUUUGUGGGGAGGAAAACUGCAUGCUCCUUACACUUGAAAUGUUUUUCUGUUUGAUUAGUUUUUUGGCAGUGGAUGUGUAGGUGUAAUCAGUACAGGAAUUGAAAAACAUGUCAUGUGGUAUGCUUACCGUACUUGCUAAAUAAGAGACAUGGAAUCAAUCUUGUCUGAAUGAGAAACAUACUAGAGGCCUCUUACAUGUAAGGUCUUCCCCACUCUAUAGAUGUGCAGAGAAAAGCUUUUUGUUUAUUUACUGAGGAGACAGUGGCAUUCUGCACACAUGUAUUAAUCCUUUAACAAAAGUUUGGUUCUUGCAGGCCUAUGGGUAAUCCAAGAUGUUACUUUGUGGUGAAAUCACGGACUGAGUGCACCUGUGUUAUCUGGUAUGAACUGGGCUCCAAAGCCACUAUGGCAGCCCAGGUAAUUGAAGGAAAUGCCUUCGUGGUGAGAGAGCACAUUUCUCUCUCAGUUCUGGAAAUUUACUGACAGCCCAGUAUCUGAUUGGCUAACUUGGCCAACAUUUUUUCUUGCUUGAGCACAUGUCUGUGCUGUUUUAUUCCUGUGGUAUGGUGUCACUGCCUUGCCACUUGACUAGAAUAGCUAGAUAUAUUUUUCAUUCUAACUUGCAUUCUCCCCCUUCCUAUUUUCCAACAGUAUUCUUUUAUUUGUACUUUUUCUAAGGUUUUUUUUUUGCAUUAUUUUUUAACCACCUCACAUAAAUUUGAUGUGCUUUAUUCUGGAAAAGCUGGGUCCUUAAUUCCAGUGUUUUGGACUUCUUUAAUUGCUACUGCAUAGCAUAUAAAGGAGGGUGCUGUGAGCUGCCAGGACCUAGGCAUCCACAUGAAAGUUGGUAGGAUGACUGGUGUGAAUGUUAGCUCACUCUGAGCAGUUUCUGCUUCUGAGCAAUCUCUGCAUUAAGUUAGAUUCUUCCAUAGUGGUUAAUAUAUCAGCAGUGAUUGACCGAAGAGUCUCAUUUGUCUCUGGAAAUGGGAUAUGUUUAUGUAAGUAGCAGCUGCAGUGAUGUUGAAGGGCCCUACAGCUAAUUUGCCCACCCACCUGUGGUUCUGCCCUUUAAAUAUAUACCAUUCAAUGUAGCUGUUAAUUUGUGACACCUGUGAGCAAAACAAAUGACUGAAACGAGAGAUGUGUUUUGAUUUACAUCAUGAUUAACAAAUUAUCAUGUUUUUAUGGCAUAGAUUCCUUUAAUGAUAGCAUUUCAUUGUGUUAAAUGGAUGGGAGCAGAGCGCAGUGGACCCUCCAGAUACGAACUUAAUUCAUCCUGGGGGUCCGUACUUACCCCGAAAAGUCCGUAUCCAGAGGCGCUGCUUUUGUGCACGCGCACUGCACGAUAGAGCGCUUCUGAGCAUGCGUGCACGGCGAAACCCGGAAGUAUACACUUCUGGGUUUGCCGCAUUCGCAACCCAAAAUUACGUUACCCGAAGGUGACGUAACCCAAGGUACCACUGUAUAUUCUAGUACAUACUAGUGGACGUUUGCAUUCUGCAUUAAAUCUGCUGUGAAAAUGAAUUAUUAGCUUGGUGGCAAGGUACGGAGGAUGCCUUAACGUAACUUACUCGCUGGCAGUAGAAGCAAACAUGGACCCACAGAUGUUGGCUUACCUUAAUAGCCAACCAACAGUUUGUGUUGCCAGAACCCACUGCAGAGGGCAGGGUUGUGUCCCUGAGCUUGUGCUGCACUUCUCUCUUCUCUAAACUCAUCUGCUUUUAGAUGGCUUAUCUGAGGCACUAACAGUACCUUAAAGGUACAGUGAAACACAGAAGGGCCACAAACCGCCUCCCAAACAGGGAGCUGGAGCUGGUGGUGAGUGAUCAUUCCUCCAGUUGUGCUGUAUAUUUUAAGCUGCUGUAAGAGCUUCAGCAACGCAGUGUGGCAAACCUAAGAUCCAGCUCUCCUCAUUGAGUAGGUGAUGUUGGAAUGAUUUCUGCACUUGCAAUGCAAGCAUGUUGGUUUUGCCUCAGAAGCACAGAGCUGGGAAAUGAACAGGGUAUCAUCCUCAUGGUUGUAUUGAGAGGUUCCAAGUGCCAUGCAGGGCAACAUUCAGAGGACAAGUUUCAGCCCUCCUGUUGAGCUUGUGGCAAGGGAGGGAGGGAAGAUCACCAUUCCAUUGUGUUGUGCUUCAAAAGCUCUUUGAGUAUCUCUCUGAUCAAAAACAGAAUAGCGAUUUACCCAUCCCGAGUAUACUUCUUGCACCCCAAACACAAAAACAAACCAGUAUUUGGGGGGAUGGACGGGAAUGCACACAGCUGUUUCAUUUAUCCCUUUUUUUUUUUUGAAAAAAAUAAAAAUAGUGUGCUUAAUGAGCAUCUUUUAACUUUUGUUUGGUUUUGCAUAAGAAAAAAUUAAAUUUGUGCCAAAGGUUUGUUUAGGCUCCACCCAGCAUAAUUCAGUUUUUAGGCUUAGUUUUGUUCAGUCAUAACGACUAAACUUUGUUUCACCAGUUGUCUCUUAAGAGACAUACAAUGUACACAAUUAAAAUAUCAUGUAAUUGGUACAAUUAAAAUAUCAUGUAAUUGGUACAAUUAAAAUAUUGUACAUAAGAGGUGCUAUAGAUAUUUAUACCUUAAUAUAGAUCUGAUGAGUAGAUUAAGCCAUCAUGCAUUUUGAACAUUCAGGGCCAAAUUAUUGUAACAAUAUUGUGAGUGUCAAAACAUUUAUAAAUCAUGUUACACAUAUUCCAAAGCAAAUUGUUGUUGUAUUAGCUCUGUAAUGUGGCAAAGUUGUCUUACAAAUAUUAGUAUCUCAGUUGCAGCUAGGCAUGGUGUUCUGCUUUCUUUAUUUACUAAAAGCAAAACGUUGGAAAGGAUUUGCCCAGAAUUCGUUAUUAAUUUGAAAUCUGAUUUACUAUCUGGUUGGUCAGUCUUUUAAGUUUCUCCUGAGUUACUGAGUAUAAAAACCUGUAACAGCUUCUGCAAUCAUGACAUGAGAUACUUCUAAUGUGGUCCUCAGAACUAAAACACCCCCCUUUCUAAAGUAGUGCCUUGCUGAAGUGUCUGCUAAAAAUAGUCAUUCCAUCACUUCAGAAAUAUUUGAGCUAUUUAAAUUCAACAUGUAAAAAUACCACAAUAAAGAGAUUUUGCUGCUACCAUUUUUGGCUUUUGAUGGGAAUCUUCUUCAGCAUGAUUGUCAUGCCAUUUUAGGAAAUGAAACAGGUUUUAAAUAUAUAGAGUCUGUAGUGCAUUAUACUUUUCUGGAAGGCAUGUGACUUUGAAGUUCUCUGAAUUAACAGCUGUCUUUGGUAGUCUUCCUGACUUUAAGCUGCUUGAAGGAUCAUUUUUAUUUUUAUGGCACCCAACUGAAAUGUCAGCCAGACCACAUUGAAAAUGCAGUUUUUACUUAUUCCAUUAUUAGCAAUAAGUUCUUGGCUACAUAUUAAUGAGAAUUCACUUGUUUCUUUGAACUUUUUCCCCUUCUGUUUGUAUUAUCCAACAAAGGGUUGACAUUCAGAAUUUGUAGAUUCAUGGAAACAAUGCUGCACUUUUUAUAGCUUUCAUUAAUUUCACUUUUCUGAUCACAUCAGGCAGUUUUCCUUCCUAUACUAAUUUUUCAGUUGGAUUUAUAGUCUACAAUUUUAAAGUCUUGAAUUGAUUUACCGAAAAAUAUAAUCAGAUGGGCAAUGGAUGAAUAUUCUGUGUUACAAAAUAUGCACAUGUUUGGAUCUAAAUAUUUCAUGGCACAUGUGGAAUCUCCCCUGCUCCAACCCAUGUGGGUGUUAUGGAGUCAGUUAUUAGGGAGGAAAUUCCCUGGGCUCAACCAUUAUUACCAUAUUGGCUUGCAGAUAAGCCACACUUUUUUCCCCAAAUUCUGACUGUGAAAAGUUAAAUUCUCAACCUUACAAAAAUUGGCUUUUACAAUAUCGCUGCUGAAACAGACAUAUGGUAAAACGGAAUGGGUGUGAGUGCCUGCGGAAUUUUAAAGGAGUGACUUAUAUUUGGGUAUUGUCUUUUCUUCUUUUUCCGCCUUGAAUUUUAAAGGUGCGAGUUGUUUACAGGCGUGGCUUAAAUUUGGGCCAAUACGGUAUAUGAGGAAAAAUUAAAUUCACAGUCUUUCUGGGCUUUGUAUGUAGCCAUUAUGGAUGUUCAGAAUGAAUUGGUUCCCCUGUAACACACUGACCUGGUGUGCACACAAUGAAUCAUUAGGAAAGGGCUUGAAAAUAAUAUUGUUAAUACCAUAAUGUCAUCCUAUAAAUCUGUGAUAUGGAACUGCACUUGAAUACUGUGUAUGGUUCUGGUUGCCGCGUCUCAAAAAUGGUUUUCAGAGAGCUCAGAAAGGUUCAGAAAAGGGCAGUGAAAAUAAUGAAGAGCCUUGAGGAUCUCACCAAGAGGUUUGGAUAGGUGGAUAGGUCUCUACCAUAAUACUAAAACCUGGGGGCAUCCAAUGAAGAUGACUGUUAGGAGAUUCAGAACAGAAAAUAGAAAGUGCUUCUUCACGCAGCACAUAUUUAAACUCUGAAAUUCAUUAACACAGGAUGUAAGAGGGAACUAGACAUAUCGAUGGCUGUGUAGAGGUGAUCUGCCUCUGAAUACUAGUUGUUGGGCAUACCAUGUAUGGAGAAGGCUAUAGCACUCAGGCCCUGCUUGCAGGUUUCUCAUAGGCAUCUUGUUGCCCACCAGGAUACAGAUGACUCCCCAUUUACGUGGGGGUUACGUUUGGAACCCCCCUGUGAAAUAGCAUAGAAUGGGGAGUCACCUGUAUCGGCUCAGCUGGGCAAACCACACUGUCCCUCCAGCUCGCAAAAUGCGUAAACGAAGAGUUGCCUGUCUUGGAUUAGAUGAGCUUUGUCUGAUCCAGCACAGCUGUUCUUAUGUAAGCCAUGGUUUAUUUAGCAAGUGUGGUUUCUUUCUGUCCUAGUUCAUCAGCCUAACCAUGGGACACACACAUUUUAUAAUCAAGCUUCUGCCCAAUAAAGAAAAAGUGCUACACUUCACAGUCAACAAAACAUCUGGAUUUGUGCAAAUGUUAGGAACAAAGGCUAAAUAAUAAAUUUAAUUGAUGUAUAAAUAAUAAAUUCAGUAAUUGUUUACUAAACUUUAAGGCUAGCACACACUUGAAGAGCAUGUCUCCACAGAUACUGCUAUGUGCAAAGUAAAGCACAAUGCAAGUUCUCACACACAUUCAGGUGAAAAAUAAAGCACUGUGUGAAUUUACUACAGAAUAAGUGUCAACUUUUUUGUGUUUGCAGUAAAAAUAGCCUAGACACUGAAAGCCGCAACUGGUAAAGUAUGAUGAAGCAGAAUAACAUAUAAUUUGUAGACUCCAUGGCACAUAACUAGUAUGGUCUGCAUGGGAAGAUGGGGGAUUUAAUAAGAACAGUUUACCUUACAGAAAAACAAAGUUAUUUGACUUUUACAAUUAUUUAAAUAAUGUUUUCUAAAUUCCAGUUAUUAUUCAGGUCAUUGUUUUUAUGUAGAAUAUCCAUUAACCACCCCUGUUUUAUUUGCAGAGCACCAGAAAUCAUAUUGGGUUUGCCGUUUUGUGAAGCCAUAGACAUGUGGUCACUGGGCUGUGUGAUUGCUGAGCUAUUCCUUGGAUGGCCACUGUAUCCGGGAGCCCUCGAAUAUGACCAGGUAGUAGAAACUUGAUGAUCUGAGAUACUUUUAUCUGUUUAAGUCUGCAGUUUACUCAGUUGGAGUUCAGAGUUCAUUGAUUUUGUCAUAUGAUUUUGAACAGACGAAAUAAUUGUGCACCAAUAUUUAAAAACACCAAGAAAAUAGUUUUAAAAACUCCCUUUGAGUCAAGAUCUUGAAGCUUAAGCAGGAUAAUGCUGGUGCGGGCAUUCAAAAUGAUAACUGUAUACACUACGAUUGCACCUUGUGCGCGAUUUCAACCUUGUGUGGUUGAAAGCUGGUUGGUUGAAAUACCGCAAAUUAAUUGCAAAGAGCUUAAAAGCUUCUUUUUCACUCGAUUUUCCCAGUGUGGAAAGAGCUUUUAAGUUCUCAGAAUUUCUUACUGGGUUCUGGGAUGUUCUUGCAAGAACUCAAAUGGCCCUGUGAGAUCUUGCAAGAGUCCACACAAGAGCAUCCCAGAGCCUACUAAGCAGGCAGAGAGUGUAAAAGCUUACUUGGAAGGUAAGGGUGGUCCCAAGGGUAUAAACUCUUUUGCAUGUACGCACCAUCCCUGGAAGUAACCACCACUCAAGACGCAAUCGUACAGCAAUGUGUUUGUAAAACUCGCACUUCUUUGAACUUUUCAGAUUCGUUACAUUUCACAGACACAAGGCUCACCUCCAGAGCAGUUGUUGAACGUUGGAACGAAGACCACACGGUUUUUCUGUAAAGAAACAGAUGCACCAUAUUCUAGUUGGAGAUUAAAGGUACUAAGAAUUCUUGAAAGCACAGACAGGAGUUCCUGCCGUCCAUGUUUUUGGCUAUACAUGUGCCUUCAAGGAGGAAUACAGCUGAAGCAGAACAGGGGGUAUAUUUUGUGAACACAUGGUUGGUCUGUAUUGGUGGCUGAUUGGAAGAAGCAGUCUUGUGGGAGGGGCCUAGGAAGCACAUCCUUCUGUGUUGGCACACUGCCUUCCUGCCAGUUGUGCUUCAGGCAAAGAUAGAACUCGAUUGGCUCUCUUCACAACUGCAGCUUUAGGAUCCUUAUUUCAUCAGCCUUCCUCACUUGUCCUCUGAUGUCAUCACAUAGCAAAAACUGAUUGGCUGUGUGGUCAUGUCACUAUUACUCUGCAGAAGAGUUAUCUUGCAAACAAAGUGGUAUUAAGGGUUGCAGAUUGUCAGGAAAAUGUAAGGUUGCCAAGGGGAAGGGGACUACAAAAUGUUUUGGCUUCUUCCUUCAUACUGAAGGAGAACAUUUGGAUCAACUCUAGGAACUAAGGUAAAUGGCAUAGCUGAUUAAAGUGAGUUGCCCCGCACACCUCUCUUAGACAUAGAACAUUUCCAUUUCCAAGGCCAUAUUUUUACAGCAAUAAACAGAAAACACAGUGAUGCCUGCUGUAGGUUGCUAUUGCUUUGUGCCGCAGAAUGAUUUCCUCCCCGGUAUAUUAAUAAUUAAACCAUCCAUUUCUUAAAUUUCUGAAGACACUGGAAGAACAUGAACGAGAGACAGGGAUGAAAUCCAAAGAGGCCCGAAAGUACAUUUUCAACAGUUUGGAUGAAAUAGUGCAUGUGAGUACAUUCAGAUGCAUUUAAUGUAUAGAGUUUGUGUGUUUUUUAAUGUAUUAGCUACCAUUUGUGACUAGCUACCUCUAAUUUCACUUGUAGGAAUUGCUCCCCUGUAUCUACUUUCAAGAUUUUCCCUUUAUUUUAAUUUGGGAGUUUGUUUACUUUAAAAUACCCAAUGUCUUUAUAUCCAUACUCAUCCAUGGUAGCUUCACUAGUGCACAAGAAAUUCAUGGAGUUGCUUUACCAAUAUGACAGUUUUUGUUUAUUUAUAAAGCAUCACCUCUUUAAAAGUUUCAGUCUCCUUUCUGCUGCAUGCCAGUUCCACCUGCAUGGGAAAUAUCCCCCCCCUCCAAUUUCAAUGAAUAGUGUUACAACCUAGUGACUACAUGGCCUCCAAAGGUUUGUAAAGCUAGGUAAUUAAAAAUAACACUUGACAUUUGGCGGUUUCCUUUAUUUUACUAGGUUUUUUUUAAAUGAACUGUUCAUAGUCCACAAGUUGGCUUGUUUUGAAACUUCCAAAGUUUAUCCCAGGCUUACAUGUAGUGACAAACCAGAAAAUGAAAUUUAACUGUGGUGAAGUUCUGUUCCCAGCCACAUGGAAUGUAGAGAACCAUGACAGACUGAAGCAUUACAUAGGCUCCUUUCUGUUUGUGCAUGUAGCACUAAAUCAUGGCUUAGCAUUCCAGGCCGAAUUCAUGAAUGAAUCCCACUAGCGGAAGCCGGUGCAAUAUUGUCUACCAGUGCAGCAGAGCUUUGUGCCCCAAAUUGGCUUGGGGAAUUGAGGGAACCCCCCAGAAAACUGCAUAGGAUGAAGAGAAUAGAGGCUUGUGCUGACAGAAAAGAAAUCCUUUGUGCUACAUUGAAUUCUUCCCUUUGUGUGAAUGCAGCCAUUUAGGUUCUAACCAUAUUUUACAAAUACUGUAGUUAGUUAAGUUGAUAUUUAGCCUGUACUCUGCAGCACGGUUGUUUCUUUAAUAGUACCCUUUUAAAUGUUCUUAUAUAUAUAUAUAAACAUGUUUUGAGGCUUGCUGACAUUUCCAUCUCCCCUUCCCCUAAAGCUUGUACCACUUCUUUCUAUCAUCCAGGACUUUUCAAAGUAGAAGGGCACAUAGAAUGAGGUUUUGCUUGCAAUGUAAUUAAAAAUUGCACUUCUUAUGCUGCCACUGAUAAUUGUUUGUAUAGUGUUGUUUUACUGCUAUUUGUUUUAUUGUGGAAUUUAAUUAUGAUUUUGCGGUCAUUUAUAUUUUUAUACAAAGCUGCCUUGAGUUUAAUAAUAUCUUGAAAGGCAGGAUAUAAAUAUUUGAAUGAAAAUGUUGUUAUUGAUGAAUGAUAAAUGCCUGAUUGUUUUCACUCUGACAUUUACUCGUUCAACACCAGGUGAACAUGGUGAUGGAUUUAGAAGGAAGUGACCUGUUGGCAGAGAAAGCAGACAGAAGAGAGUUUGUCAGCCUGUUGAAGAAAAUGCUGUUGAUAGAUGCUGACUCAAGAAUCACUCCAGUUGACACACUGAACCAUCCUUUUAUUACCAUGAAGCACCUCCUUGAUUUUCCUCAUAGCAACCAGUAUGUUGUAUAACACACUUGUAAAAGUAAUCAUGGGCAAGCCUUUUUGAAAGGGUUCCAUGCUACCCAUGCUGCUAUGUUUGCUGUAGUUCCUGUGCCUUUUGAUUCUGGGCCACAUUCUCCUGGUUAGUGCAGAUUACAACAGAACCAGGGUUUCAGUAGCUAUGGCUUUUCCCCAUACACAAGCAUUAGUUAGUCUCGGUUGCUAUGUUGCCUGUUGCUGGUGUGCUGCUUUAUAUUAGAACUAGAAAAUAAAGGAUAACUGAAUCCAGGAAUUAUUUUGAAUUACCACAGCCAGCCACACACAUUCAUAGUCACAAAUAAAAAGACAAAACACUAGCUGGCAAGCGUUUUAUUCUUAUUCUUUUACUAUCUUUUUGGAACAGAAAAGAAAAUACAAGGAAAAUUCACCAAACAAACCAUACAGAAAGUACACAGAAAGUUGAAUAAUACUGUAGUGACUGCCAGAUCUCAGAUGAAUCCAACACACGAAAGAUGCAUAACAGUUGCUAGGGGAAAAGGAGGGACAUCCUAUGGAAAUGGCGAGGACUAGAAAAUAAGAGAGAAGCAGGAAAAGUGUACUAAUGGAGAUAGGAAAACAGACAACUCACUUACCAAUCACAGCUCUCACUUCUCCCAUUGGCUUAAAACACUUGACAGGCAGGAGCAACCGUCCAGACAGAAAUUGCUUAGAAGAGUACCUGCACAUUUUAUUACAUGACAUUCUUUCUAGGAGGAUUGCAGAAUUACUUUAAAACAAAAGAGAAAGAAAGCUCAGAAUCUGGGGACCCUGCUGGGGGGCUACGGUGAAUGCCUUUGUAAGCACUGGGUUGGCAGCCCCCUGGCUUAGAGUGUCCUCUGGCCCAGGCAUCUUGCUUCUCCUUUCUUUCUUAACCACAGUCUACAGCCAGUGUUUGUUUUUGGCUUUAGGUCAUGGUUAGGGAGAAGAGAGCUUAAUUCUGUUCCUGGAUUCAGGCAGCUAAACUUUGACUAAGCUGCCACACUGCACUGAUUUAAAAGGCUGUGGGAGGGGCAAAGUGGGCAUCAGCUUCUCUUUGGGAGCCAGCACAUUUGCAUGUUCCUGGUAAGCUGUAGUGUGGCUAAACCAUAACCAGGUCAAUGAGAGUAAAAAACUUGUGUGGGUCCCCCCCCCAAUUGAGACUGAGGUUUUAACCUGUUUAGUCUCUAAGGAAAAUAGUCUGGGCCAGUCCUGGGAUUGUUAUAGUGGGUAUUUGUGGGUUGUUGUCACUUACUUUCCUCCACAACUCAUUCUUUCUUCUCUUUGCCAUCAGAGUGAAAUCCUGUUUUCAUAUCAUGGACAUUUGCAAGUACCGAUCAAAUUCAUAUGAUACAAAUAAUCGCAAUAAAACAGUGCACCUGAGACCAAUUGCUUCAGGUAAUGCACCAAAUCUCUCAGCUAAUUUUGCCAAGAUUGGUGCAGUACGAAGUCAGGUAAGUACCUUUGAUUUCACUUUGGGUCUCCUGUUCCCUUCCACCCUCAUCCCAGGGUUUAGAUCAUGCAAAAUAAUGAAGGGGGGGCGUGUCUCAAGGCAAUGGAAGGGGGCAGGCCUUUCUAAGAGGGGGAAUAAAGAGGUAUCAGGUUUUAAGGGAAUGGUUUUUAUGAUUUGGACAAUGUAGUUGCACAUGACAUACUUCUGAAUAAAAAGGUGAGGUAGAAAUUAUGUAUCCUAAACAGAAGAUAAAUUAACAUAUUCACUGUCCAUUUCAUGCAUAUUAGGUAGUAGACUAGCUACAGAAGCUCAUUGCACAAUAAAAAUGGUUAAGUUUUAAAAAGUGCCAAUAAGUUCUUCAUUGUUUUUGCACACAGUGGCUUUGGAUAUGAUGAAAUGCAAAUGCUUCAUCACUCCUAUUAUUAUAUUCACCAACCUAAAUUGAACAGUCACAUUUUCCCCUAUGGGGAGAUCCAAAAGUUGAAACUAUGUCAGAAUCAUACCAAUCUCCUCAUGGGUAAAGAUGUGGAAGCUAAGUUGGUAACUGAGGCAUCUGUGUUUCUUGUUUUUGCUGCUAUUUGUUAGCUUGAUGCUCUUCAGAGUCUGGAAUUGUAUUAUGGGAGUAUAAAUAAUUGGGAAUCCAGGAGUGCCUUGAGACUUUGCUAUGGCACUCUUAGCGUUUAUCAUACUUAUCCCCCUACUUGCUCUCUUGUCCACAUGGGCCAGGAGAGGUGGCUUCUGUUGUGGCUCUAAAUGCCAGCCCUGGUAGAGAACCAUGGAGAACAAGCUCUUCAAGAUGAGUUACGUUCCUUUUCUAGUAGUUCUCUUGGAAGACAUUUUCACAAAAUAAAGCCAAAGGUUUUCUGUUCAAGAAAUCCUUUGUUGCAGUGCCCCCAUGUGGUAAAAUAUUUAGUGUGCUGGCAUGUUCUAUAUUGCUUUUGCUGCAUGCAAAAGCAUGAACAUCAUAAUCCUCACACAACAUUAUAACUUGAGAUUUUUUUAAAAAAAAUGCAUGUGAAAAUUGUGGCAAUCAUUUUGUUAACUGAUAAUAUACCUAUUGUUUUCAGGCAUUAGCAGGAUCUGCCCAUUCAGUUAUGCACCAUGGAAUACCACUGCAGGCAGGAACGGCUCAAUUUGGUUGCAAUGAUGCUUUUCAACAAACACUGAUUAUAUGCCCUCCUACUCUCCAAGGUAUGAGGCAAUUAAAAUGACGUGUGAUAUAAAAUUAGAUAUUCACUUGGUAGUUCAAAGAAUCGUCAAUUCAGCCUUUUGAUAAAACCUACUACAAUUAACCAAGAUUUUACUUCAGGUUUUCCAUUUUCCUUGGAUGAUCUGAUAACAUUGAGAACUCUAGUGGACAAGUAUUUUCAAGAAGAUGAAAUUGAAAGGUGAUAGUGGAGUCAUAUUAUUGCAUUUUGAGGCAGAUUUCCUCACUUUUGUAUCUAAAUUCCACUGCACUUCCUUCCAGUGAACUAAAAUAAUCACAUGGACCUCAUGCAUGAGUUGUCAUUUUGAGAAUAUCUGUUGGAAUCCAUAGCCUACACUUAUUCAGCGUUAAUCUUACUUUACAUGGUAAAAAUCUAGAAGCACUGUGGGCCUUUCAGUGUUCCCUCUUUUUAGCCUGGCAGCCCUUGACGGUUGCUGUCUGGGUCAUGUUUCCUAAUAUGGAUCCUUCUGUAGUCUGUCUGCCCUUUGUUGCUGAAGAUUCACUUUUACUUUUGCUUCCUUGACAUAAUUUAUGUUAUGCAUCUUUAUUUUUAAAAAUCACAUUUAGGAAUGUAGGGCUAAAACAGUGCAGACUUUGUGGAAUUUCUUUGAACGCCAAGUACACGCGAUGACUCCUCUGUCUAAUAGGACUUGAUGCAAAAGGCUUGCAACAUAUGUUCUCUGCUUAAUCCCAGAACUAAAAAGGAUACAUCUGAUGACUGAAGGGCUUAUUUUACAUAGGCGACACAGCCUAUGUUAUAAUUUUCUGGCUAGGAUACCUUUCUUGUGCUGAAUGCUACACUGUGUCUCAAGUGAAGUGUUUCAGGUUUGGUUAAUUUGUGGCAUGCUGGCACUCGCGUUAAUUGGUGCCCACCUCUGAUAGAAUCAGCAUGGAAGCAAGUAGCCCCUGUGUUCCUCUACACUACAGCAUUAUCUUCUGAUUCUCUGGUUGGCCUGCAGCAGAUUUGAGCCUGGCUGCUUCAGUCCCAUCUUGGCCAUGGUGUAUGAGGAGAGUGAGGAGUUUUGGGGGAUGCUUCUGAUUGCUAGAUUAUGGUUUAGGAAUCAGGUCAGAAGCGAUUUGGCCCCGGGUGAUCACUGGACUGAGCAACAUUUCCCUGAGCAAAGUUUGAAUCAGGCUCAGAAAUUCUGUAUGCUAACCUUUUAUUAAUUUGGAUUCAAUCUUAACUCCCCUUUUCAUAUUUGUGAAUUAGGAAUUCAUGCUAAUCAUGGGAAGCCCAAUGGUUACUCUGUAAGAGUUGAUAAUGCAGUGCCGUUGGUCACACAGGCCCCAACCCUACAGCCACUCCAGAUAAGAGGAGUCCUUUCUCAGGUAUGUUGUUUGAUGCUGUAGGUUUCACAUUUUCAGAGUCAUAAACAUUAGUUAGCUUGACAGAUUCUGAAGUAAUAUCACAUCAGUCGAGAGGGACUGUAGAUUAGUGACAGGCCAAAUGCUUUGCAUGUAAUCUGUCUCGGCGUUACACUCCCUGCAUUACCAUGUAAAAGGACCUUUGGGCAGCUGGACUGAUAAGAUCUGUUAUCAGAGCCGUCCGAGAGCUGCUGCCAGUCUGUUCUGACAGUACUUUGGGCUAAAUGGACCAGCGGCCUAACUUGAAAAAAGGAUGCUAAACAUAUUGGGAUGUAGUUAUUCAUAACGCUUUAUGUGUUUACAACAGACGUGGUCUAACAGAACACAGCAGAUACUGCUUCCAGCAUGGCAACAAGUGACGCCUGUGGCUCCUCCUACAACACUAGCUUCUGAUUCUGUGGCUGGCCCGCAGAGACUUGGAGACUGGGGGUACGUCAAAACAGUAUUUUGAUUUUGUGCUUGAAAACUAAGUACGCAACUCUGCUAUAUUUUAAUAAGGAUGUGUUUUUCUCCGUUCUCCCUAGGAAGAUGAUUCCCCAUGGCAACCAUUACAACUCGGUGAUGACACAGUCUCUGUUAACCAAUCAAAUAACUUUAUCUGCUCCUCAACCAAUCAGUGUGGGCAUUGCACAUGUAGUCUGGCCUCAGCCCACACCAACCAAGAGAAAUAAAGUGUGCCAGAACAGGUUGGUUUUAUACGGUGCCUGUGGAUCAUUUAGAUGUAAAAAAUAAUCAUCAUUCUUUCAAAAUCCCUUUAAAAAGGGGCUGUAUAUUUAUGAAUGCUGCAUGCUCGCCAAGGUAUUACACCUCAAACUAGUUUGUUUAGAACAUUUAUUUCUUUAAACAUUAAAUACUGUGUUACAGUUCAAAUUGAUCAGAAGCCUACCCGUUAAAACCAAGGGAUGGUAACAAAAUGAGAAAUAAUGUAAAGUAGCAUUUGCUGCCCUUUGAUCUUCUCUCUUCUUGUGACAAAAGUGGCUUUGACUAUAUUUAUCUGCAGAAAUAGACUUUGGUUUGGUUAUUUAAGAAUUGCAGGUAGACGCAGUUAGCAGUUCCUAGACUCAUGUGCAUGAGGAAUUGUAAAAUUUGGACUAUUGAAAAUAGAGACAUUGUAUAAUAGUCAUAAUAUGACUUAGAAUAGUAUUAAGAAUAGUCUUUCUUUUGCUGGCAGCAAGAAACACUUUAAGUGCUCUGUGGAGAAAAUGUGCCCCAUCACUACAGAAGUUAUUUACAAAGGUAUGGGACAUUUCAGUAAUGGAGAAACGUAAGACCGGGAAGGACAGUUACACUGGUGAACUAUGUUAAGUAACCCCUGAUUCAUGUCCCCUGAAGUCAGUGAACACAAUUCCUGAUGGAUUUUGAAUCUGAUUCAAAAAUGUUUAUGGUGUCCAAGCCAGCAUUUCUUCAUUCCUUCUUUCCUUUUUAAGAGAAUGGUAUCUUCAGCGUAUUGUACUACAUUUCAUUGGUAAAUCCAACUUUGAACCUUGCAUUGCAGCACCUGAACAACCCUGCUUGUGAUAUGCAAUAGUUACCUGAAACGUUUUCCAUGAUUGCUCUGGAAAACAACAUUUACAGUGUUACCUGUAUGUUCAUUGUUUUAUGUUUCAUGCGUUGAUUUAUAUUCAUUGCUGUUUCAAAGUCUUACGUUCUAGUUUGAGUCAAUUUGGGGAGGGUGAAGUAAAGUUACUGCAUUUGUUUGAUAAAGAACAUCUUUAUGACAUGUCUAAAUAAAUGUCUUCUUCGCAGGAGUAAUGUGUUACAAAAUACCAAUAUCCAAAAUUCAGCAUUUGUGUCUCCAAAGAUAAGCAAUGGAAAGGCUGAUGAGAAGCUAAGCUGUGCAGAAACACAGGACAAUUGUAACUCGGUUGGUCAGGAAAGCAACUGUUGCAAACCACCUGUCAGGCAGGACCCUGAUUCAUCUGUUUCAAACAAACAGCGACAGGCUAUCAUUAUUGCAGAUUCCCCAAGCCCACCAGUCAGUGUGAUCACCAUCAGCAGUGACACGGAUGAAGAUGAUGUGGCACAAAGGCAUUCAUUUGCAGAGUAAGUAGUAGCUUUGGGCUUAUUUUAACUUCCCUUUUCCUCAGGGUUGUGCUGGGGAGCUGGUGUUUUGGUGAUAGUAAGAGGAACUUCCUAAAUAUACAGCACCAGUACAUUCACUUGAAUCAGCUUAAAUCACUUGGAACACGGCUGCCACCUCUAGGCGGCAGGUUGUUACACCUCUUUGAGUUUACAGCUUUCAGCCUUUGUAGUAUAGCUUAGCACACAGUUGGCACUAAAUCAAUGCAGCUAGAAGUUGCAAUUGAUGUUUAGCGAGAAGUGUGCAGGAUGAAUGUUUUAUUUAUGUAUGUUUGCAUUUCAGAUGUAAAGGGAGCCUAGAUUGUGAAGCUUGCCAGAGUACGCUAAAUAUUGACCGUGUGUGUUCAUUAAGCAGUCCUGACAGCACUUUGAGCUCUAGUUCUUCUGGACAAUCCAGUCCAUCCCCUUGCAAAAGACCCAACAGGUAAGAAAUGUACAUAACUGGGUUUGAUGUCCCUGUGUGGCAAUAAGACCUCAGAGUCCCAUUUCUAAAACCUAUUUCUGGAAGCAUUCUUAAGCAUAGUGUAAUGUUUACAUAGUGUAAUGUUUUGAUCAUACCUGCCUCAACAGAGGUUUCUCUCUGUAUAUGUGACAAUGCUUCUGUGCACUGGAUUUUUUGGAACAAGGGUUAGGGUAAUAAGGAGAAGCCUUAGUAUGCCGGAUAUUGCCUGUCACUGUUAGCCUUCUGUAAAGUCUUGAUAAUUCUGUUAACAUAACUGUUUGGAUAGAUAGAUAUAUUAUUUGAGUAUGUGGAUGAAUCAUUUCCCAUCAAAUAUCUGUUAAGUGAUUUUACAGUAAAAAAAUAUCAAAAAUAAAACCAUCCCCUAUGUAAAAACAAUUACAAAUCCAGUACAGAGAUUGUCACUUAAAAGGCUUGUUUAAAAAGGAAGGUCUUCCAUAGGCAGUGGGGGAAAAACCAUAGAAAUGGAGCCUUCCUGAUAUUUAAUGUUUGGUUAUGCCAAUCAUAUCGUUUCUGAAGAUAGAAAAUAAUGAAUCUUAAAGAUAAUGGUCAGCAGCACCUUUCUAUUAUUGUAUGCCCAACUGAUUCUGUGGUUUUCUUGUAAUCUAAUGGUGAUAGAUCAGUUGCAUCACUAUUUCUUGGAUAUAAAUUUAAAUCCACUGUUGAGUUAAAUAAUUAAGUAUUGCAGAGCGAACUCAAAUGAGCAGCUCUGUGCAGUUGUGAAAAUCAUGGAUUUGUAUCAUUUUAAAGAUCCUCUAUAAAAUUACCUUGCUGCCCUGACAACGAUUGCCAUGACAACUGUGCAACCCUAAUUAAAAAGAUGAAAGGAAUUGCUAGGGCUGAGCCAGAUGUCCUCCAGUGAAUAUUUCUGACAUGCAAAAGGGGCUUCACCACCUCCAAUUGUUAAGAUUAAAGAGUCCCCCCAAGCUUACAUUUUUAAACUUGGUUUGUAGUCCUAAUCAGCUACAGAAUUGGUGUCACUUUUUAUUUGAAAGAUAACCCUUUCCUACCUAGCAGCAGUAACAUAGAUAUGCAGCUAUUCAGAUUUGGCUACAUGACAUCACUUAGGGUAAAUGAAGUUAAUUUAGCUUUAGAGUGAUGUUACAGUUACUAGAAUGGAUAAUAAAUGGCAAUGAAGUUGCAGCUUUAUUGGGGUCUGCAACAGGGUUGCUGCCAUCUGAAUGAUGGUAGGUGGAAUAUACAUGGACACUACCUGUGUUUUGGUUGGGUGCAUCUACUUCCCUUCCCCAAGGUGUGGUCUGCUGGCAGAAUUAAAGUCUUUUCUGGUGUGAGUGCCACCAGAAAUCGACCAGCAGUCAAAUUGGUGGAUCAGGGCUGAUAUUUAUUUUACUGUUAGUUUAUUUCAUUUUAAAACAUUUAUAGGCUGAAUUUAGGUGUAAAACUCUCAAGGUGGCUUCAAUAAUUAUGCAGUAAAAUAUCAACAGUAUUUUCCAAACACCAAACAAUACUAAAUCUAGCAGUAUGAAACAUCCAGCCCCCCCAAAGAAACCUUAACUAUUACCAAAACCAUCAGCAACAAGAGAAAACAAUAAACAAAACUAAAUACACAUGCUGUCUGCCCUUUCGUCAUAAAAACUUAGAAGUUGCUUAAAACCAGUGACUAGUGAAAAGUGGUCUUGGGGAGAGUGAAUUGGGAUAAGAGUGCAGCAUCUCCAUUCAUAAGUAUUGGUUGAUUUCUUGGGGAAAGGUACAUUUUAUGUACAGAUCUGAAGCUCCUUGGUUUUUUGAAGAUGUCCACACUUUCCCUAGUAGUUAGUUUAUAGAAUGAAACUUGGAUUGAUUUUGGAAAGCUGGAAGUUUAGAGUCAAGAACUUCAGCUCUCCUGUUUAAACUUAAUUUUUCCCGUUUUUAUUUUGUUUUGUUUUUGGAUGUUUGCUGCAAAAGGAAUGAAUGUGAUGUACCCUUCAUAAUGCUGCUUUACUUUAUUUCUGUAGUAUGUCAGAUGAUGAACAAGAAAGUGACACUGUGGAUGGUUCUCCCAGUUCAGAGUCUUCAGGCCAUGACAGUCCAUUCCUAGAAAAUAGUUUUGCAGAAGACACAAAUGAAAACCCAGAAACAAGAACCUCAGCUAACUUGGAAGCCAAACCAGCUGUCUGUACUGUGGUGGUCCCACCAAUGAGGAUAGAGAACAGGUUAAAUGCAGAUGAGCAAAUUACAAAUGCAGGUAAUUGGUGCUUAUGUGUUUUCUGUGCUGGCCACGUUUUGUUCAAUGUAGAUUGCAUGAAUGGAGGACCACCUGGGUAACAGAUCAUUUCCUGUCUCUUCUCCUGUAUCCUCAAAAACCCUCUCUGGGGGGGACGGGACUCCUUUGAAUAGUAUGGAUUGUGGGGUGGGGUCUUUAUGCAGAGGAGUGAGUCACUGAAAUCUGUGCAGAGACACACUUGCAGAUAUUUCUGUCCAAUUUUCAUGGACUGCUAUCUCUGCUUGGUUCUGCAUGCACCCCAGUGAAAAUAGGGCACACACCAUGCAAGAUUUCGCCCUGUGGUUUUCAACAAUUUCUUCCUCUGCCUGAAUCCUCACAGGCUACAGCCUAAGAGGGUCUCCUGGCCCUCCAGAGAGGUUUUUUGGGGUGCACUUCCCCCCCGAACCAAUAAUAAUAUGGGAUGUGUGUGGUUUGUUAUCUUCUCCCUUGAAUGUUCUAAUGUUUUAUAGUUUUAAUGUUUACCAUUAAGAUGAAUAAAGUGAAAACAUUAGAAGCAACCCUGAUGUAUCCUAUGUUGAUCUUUUCAUAUUUUGCUAGUUACCACCUGUCAACCACUGGUAAAACGCCGAUCUGCCCGUAUAAAAACAAACCAUCCUUCUGGCUUGGGCAAUCGUCAACGAAAAUUGAUAUCAGCAUUCCAUCAACAGCACUCAAACCUCAGUCAGGUAUGUAUGUAAAUAUUGCAAUGUAGAGAUAUUUUUAUUAGUUCAGAUAUUUUAAUGUUGAAAUCUACUGCACACACAUGACUCAAACCCACCCCCACUACUUCAUCUAUCUUUCAUACUGACCUUUGUUAACUAUAAUUUUAAUCAAACUAACCAAAGAGAAACUUUCAGACUGGUUGAGAUAUCAGGUAGAGACAAUUAACAUGCAGUAUGCUGGGCUUCCUCGAAGUCUAAAUAGCAACUGCAGUGCAUACAUAGUUUGAUAUCCCAGUUCCUGAUGGUGGAGUAGACCACUACAAACAUAUGACAUCAAUCUUCCAGAGUCUGCAUUUGACACUCUAUUUCUUUUCUAGCGUAACACAAGAUUCUGGUUUGGACCUAAAGCUCUAAAUGGCUUUGAACCUACCUAUCUAAGGGGCUGCCAUUCUUCUGUAGAUGCUUUCCUGAGGAUACCUUUUACACACCAGAUAAUACUGAGGACUCGUACAGUGGUAUUUUCUGUGAAUGUUGCGAGUGGUUAAGCAUACAGCAAGAAAUUGUAUCUACACGUACAUUUUGGGCGAUAUUCUGUUAAUGAGUCCUGUCAGUACAAGCAUUUCACAAUGGGAUUUCCCCCCUUCUCUGCCUGUGUAGGCCCAUGUCCUCACCGAGUCUGUUCCAGAGAGUUGGAAACAGAUUUGGUGGGUGGGUGGAGGGUGGGAGGAGAGGGCUAUAACUUCCCAUUUCCCAAGCAGAAAUGUUUGCUCCGACAGAACGUUUGCCUUACUGCUUUCUUUGAUUCCAUCCAUUGUGUUCAAGUCUGAGAGCGCCUUCAAAAAGUUGUGUAGGAGCUGCUCCUUCAUAGUUAUGUUUUUUUUUUCUUAAAUAAGAAAGAGGAUUAAACAAAGCCAUUGAGAAAAGUUAAUUUAAUUCAAAUACUGGCUCUGGCAAUACCUUGAAAGGCCGCAGUAUAUGUGACAUGACCACAACGGCAUGGAUAAGUGGGACUUGUGUGAUUUGCCCUACUUGCGUAGUUGUGAUAUUUACAUUGGGACAUGCAUACACAUACACCAUAGUUGUGUAGGAGAACACACACACACACACACACACACACACACACACACACACACACAUAGUAUGGUUCAUUUGAAUGUGAAAGUGGGCCAAAGUCUAAGUGUUACCCAGUAAGUUUUGUUUUGUUUAAGCAUAUUUGCUGGUGCUUUGGAUCAGUGUGGAUCUGGUUUAUUCAUGCAUUCAUUUGUGUUUUGUGCUACAAAAUUUGUGACUUAUGUGUGCUUGUUUUCAACUCAUAGAUAAGUUUUCUAGAAGUCUCAUGACUAUAUUGAGAAGCAUAACUUAUAAUUUGGUUAUUCAUACAUUCAUGAGUUUGUAGAUUCCUUUGAAAAAAAUCUAGUUGAAAUUCUCUCAUUGUAUUUCCAUAUAUAGGUGUGCACAAUAUCAUUUGUGAUGUUACAUAUAGAUUGGUUUUAAGGGGCAGGGUUCAAGAGAGAAACUUCAAAACUAAUAUAGUCAAAUUUACCUGAAGGUAUUCUGAACUGCCUCUCCUAUUGCAUCACAUAUCCAGUGUCAGAUAAUGUGAUCAAUAAUUCAUAUAAAAAGCUUUGAGCUUCUUAAUUCAUAAUGCCAUACAUCAUAGUCUAUAAAUUGUUCUUAUAAUAGGGGACAUUAACUGUUGGCUCUCAAGCCAUUCACAUGAGAGGUCUUGUCUAAUUCCCAGUUGCCAGAACUAUUUUGUUUUCCACUUUCCGCCAGUCCCAACAUUAUAAGAUGGGGUGGAACAGAAGAUAGGCUGUUCUUCCUGUCACAGUAUGAGGAUUUUGGGGUCACCAGGUUCAGAAUAGGAGAAAAAACACAACUGCACACAAUGGAUUUGGAUUUGCAAAUGAAAGAGCUCCUUCCAUUCACAGACAGAACUGUGAUUUAGUGGAGGCUUCUAUGGGGGAGGGGGGAGAGAAGAAGGAAAGCGAUUUUCCAAUUUCUCCUUCCCCUAGAGCCUCCAGUGCCGCCUCUCACAUGGUUCCAGAGGGUCCUCCAACCCUCUAGGGUAGCUUUUCAGAGGGCUGUAGAGGGACAGACAUAAGUAAAAAUUGCCUGCUCCCCCCUUCAGUGGGAAUAUUCUAUGAUCAAAGUUUCACUUAAAGAAACUCUGGAUCCAGGUCAACAAAUAUUAAAAUUAGGAGCUGUAAUUGCUGCAGUACGUGUUGACCAACACUAAUUUGCAUGGCUUUAAAAAGGAAUGGACAAAUUCAAGGUGGAUAAUUCCGUCAGGCUAUUCCAAUCCUAACUAGAUGGAAACUCUAUAUUCAAAGAUUAUAUACCUCUGAGUACCAGAUGGUGGGGACAAACUGAGGAUGAUUUUCCUCAUGCCUUGCUUCUAAUCUUCUCAGAAGCAUCUAGCCCAGGUGUCUUUAAGCUUUUCAGACCAACGACCCACUUCCAACCCAAACAUGCAUUUGGGGACCCAUUUCUUAACCUUUUACCAUAUAUUUGCAUGGUGAUAGUACUCCUGUUGUGUGACCCACCUUGGGUCAGGCUGUGACCCACAAGUAUGGCCCCAUCCCACCAGCUGAAGACCACUGAUCUAGCUGACCAUUUAUGGGAACAAAAUGCCAAACCAGACGACCCCUUGGUUUGAUCCAGCAGCGUAGUUCUUAUGCUUGUGGGGUGGUGGACAUAUAUGACCACAAGGAGGUGGAGGAAGCCCAUCCCCAAAGAUGUUUCAGGCAGCGUUGGUGGGAACAGAAGAAAGAUUGUUUAGAUGUGAUAGCUGUCCACUUUGGAGACGGGGGAAUCUUGUAUUUACUACUUGAAAUUAACUGCAGUUUCUCUUGAGACAGGUUCAACACUUUGGAUCUGGGUCUCAGGAGUGGAAUGGAAACUGUGGUCAUUGGAGACAGCAGGCUUAUAUCCCAGCUAAUGUUGCCAGUCAUGCAUUCUCCCUUCAACAUGGAAGUCCCACUCAUACCUCAGUCCAUGCACAUUUGGCUGGAAGUACACAUCUUGGAGGACAGCCUGCUAUUCUGCCGUAUCCAUCAUCUGCGCCCCUCACUACUGCUGCUCCCGUUGCCCACAUCCUAGCCUCACCAUGUACCUCAAGACCGAUCUUACAGCAUCCCACUUACAGUAUCUCUCAUCAUGGUGGCCUAGUUCACCAGGUCCCAGUGGGAAUAAAUCCCCGACUGCUACCUUCCCCAACCAUCCACCAGACUCAGUACAAACCAAUUUUCCCACCACAUUCUUACAUUGCAUCACCUGCUUACACAGGAUUUCCAUUGAGUCCAACGAAACUCAGCCAGUAUCCAUUUAUGUGAGAACUCAAGUACGCUGACAGAGCUCAGUGAUACAUACAUGUGAUUUGAGAGGAAAACAUGGUAUUUAAUAAAUAUUAGCCAUGGCACAACAAAAAGAUAUUUUUUUUAAUCAUGUUAGACUUGGGUGCAAUUUAAACAACCUUGAGCUUUAACUCACUUUUAAUGUGUUUUUGCACAUUUGGUAUAAAUUUGUCUUUAGUCAUGUUAUCUUCUUAUAGAGUAACUCCAGACAGGUGACUUAUGGGAGCAGAAAUCCAGUUUUGCUCCUACUAUUUUUUAUAAAAUUGCCUUCUAACUAGUGCGAGACACGUCUACAUUUGGGAAGCCAUUGAGUGUACAGAUUUAGAGCAACAGAUGCACAUGUGUCAUCAGUAUCAUGUAUGAGUAACUUGUUUGUAUUAUGUAUCUUGGUGUUCAGUGUCGAGUCACUUAUCUAAAAAAGGUUGAGCUGUUCUUCACAUUGCAUGUGUCCUUUGCAUGGGCAAAAACAAAGUUGCCUAGAAAUUUGCUCUUAAAUGUUGGUGUCCUAAUAAUCUCAGCUGCAUUGUAAACUGUUCCCACACAUAGUGCCUUAAAUAUUUGAGGUUGUUAAUGUUACUAUAUUAUAAAUGUUGAGGACUGCAGCACUUAACAUUCAGUUUUGCUGAUUAUUUCAUAGAGUUAUGCGCUCUCUCUCUCUCUCUCUCUUUUUUUUUAUUUGUGUGUGGUAUGAUUUUAGUAUAGGUUGUGAUUUCUUUAUCUAGGGGACAGCAUGUUUUGCUGUAGCUGAAUUUUGCUGUCUAAUAUUUCCCCCCAAAUGAUCAGCUUCAUGGAAAGCAUUUUGUAGUUCAUAGGAAAAGUUGAUUCAGUAGCUGUUGAGUUAAAAAAAUGGUGUUUUAUACUGUUCAGUGGAACUGCAAUACAAUCUAAGUAAUUUAUUUUCAAAGUGUUUAAGUCCAACUGGAUUUUAAUAACCUGUUAGAGGUGCAGUAGGCAUGACUUGGCUAGAUUAUGAAAGAAAAAAGCAAAAUGCUCAUUGAUUCAUGCUGUGGUUUCAUCUUAGCUUGAGCAAACCAUGCAGUAUUUAAUAAAUAGUAGCAGAAUAUUUACUAUUGAAGCUUGAAAAGGUGUGAGUACUUUGUGUGCAAUUUUUCAUUUAUGCAUGGGAGAGAUUUUAGCCUUUUUACAUCUAGUAUUUGUUCUAGCCUUUUUUGGGGGUGGGGGUAUUUUCUUAUUUAAUACAUUCCGUCAGGGACAACAAAUUACAUGCAUUUUCCCCUCUAGGAAGUGCAUCAUUUCUCUCUGUGUGUGUGUGUGUGUGUGUGUUUUUUUUUUUGUUCUUGUUCAAAUAAGAUUGCUUUUGCAGCACCAAAGACUUAAUCAUCCAUUUCCUAUUAAAAGGUAGCUACUUUUUUCAUAGACCUCAAGUGUAGUGAUAGGGAUGGGUUUUAAAAGGAGGGUAUUAAAGUGAGGUUGUGUUUUAGCUUAUGAGGCAAGUAAUAAAUUGUAUCAUCUAUCUUGAAUGUAUCAUAGAUAAGCUGCUAUAUAAUGAUUGCCACUUCAGAUAGCUGUGAAAUUAGGUGAUUUAACUAGUUCUUACCCUUCUAAUUUCUGUAUAAGUCUAAUGACAUGAAAUGGAAGUAUGGGGUUGAUUUUGUUUUUGUUUGCUUUCAUGUUUGGAGUGUUGUAACUACUAUAUUGUAAAUGAUGGAAGACAAUUGCAUAUGUUAUUUUGGGGUGUGUUAUUUGCAUCAGUAUUUUAUCUCCAUUAACUAUCAUUGCAUAUAAAUGGGUGUAUCCAUGUAAUUUAAUUUGUAUGUGUUCAUAUUGACAUUGUGUAGACACUUAAGAAAACUAUCUUGGUGGCUUGACUUAACUUUUUUUUUAUAUAAACAGAGAUUCUGGAAUACAGUUAUUGCAGCAUAGACUGGAAUAGGAGUGCAAAGGGUUUCUCUCAAGCACAAUCCUAGGCAUGUUUACUUAAAAGUAAUUCCCACAGAGUUCAGUGGGCAUUACUUCUAGGAAAGUGUGAGGAUUGCAGCCUCAGCAGUCUAACAGCUGAUAGAGUUUUUCUUUGUUCCAUUAACACAAGCAGUGUUUUAUUUAAUGAAUGUCUAAGUGGAAAAAAAUGUGCCUACAUUUGAUUUACUUUUCAGGACUGAAAUACAGCAGUAUUAGUUGACAGAAACCAAAACCAGCAGUACAUUUUAAUGGCUGAAUAUGGAAAUAAACCCUAACCCUUUCUCACAACUCUUAGGCCACAGUCAGAGAGCUGCAGCUUUGCAUGACCAGGUGGGGCUUUAAAUUGCCCUGUGUCAUGUAACCUCCCCCCGCCCACAAAAAAAAAUCACUUCUGACAGUUGGAAAAGCUUAAAACCCAGCUUUGUGAUAAUGGCAUGGAAGAGUUGCUGUUCAUAUGAAAAGAGUGACAGGUCCCUCUGAGUGCAGACAUGCUCUUGGGCACACUAAAGGAGUAUUCUGGGUUUUUCAUAAACUGUUUUAUGUGUUUUGUAGAAAUACAAAUGUGUGUCUCUAUCAAAUAAAGACAAGAAUAACGUGAUCUAAUUUGAAACCUUUUCAGCAUAUAUUGAAGCAGAUGGAAUCAAGAAAAUAAUCAAGCAGAUUUUGUCAUGUUCCUUAAUGUUUAUGGUUCAAUAAAUUCCUCUUUUCUGUUAACUCCUUGGUGUUGAGAAUGGCAUUUCUUGGUGCUUAUCUCCAUUGCUGGCAGUGGACGCAUCAGGAGCCAUGAGCACCAGAAGUUAGCUUACUUUUUCUAUAAUUGUCACCAAAUAAAAAUGAAAAUGUAUUCUCUUAAUUUACUUGGACCUGUCUUGCUCUGUAGAGUAUUUACUAUGUUUUAAAUUGUGUUUGGGAUACAAAGCUAAUGUACUUGAUACAUUACACCAUGUCAAACAUAGAACCGCUUCUAAGAGUAAUACCCCAAAGGUAGCCUCUGACUCCUAGCAUAUUGCAAAAGAGCAAAUAUUUUUUACUUUUCAGAAGUGAUAAAUUAAGUUCUGCCACAAUUAGCACUGAGCAUUAAUGUGCUACUCAACAACCAGUUCUGCAAUGAGCAUUGCAGUGAAGGACUAGAUCUUCUGCCCUCUCUCAGGCUAUACUCUGCAGUUGCACAGCAAAACAGUUCUGUUGACUUUGGCUGCAGCGGAAUAAUUUAGCUGUGGGAUAACCUACUUAUGGUUGCUAUGGCUUUAGGAGGGCUAAGGGUCUGUCCAGACAAAAAAUUGGUGUAAAUCUAUGGUCAAUGUAAUCCCAUAUAUACAUCUUAUUCUUCUGAUGCCUUUUAAAUAAAACACUGCACGAUAACAAAAUUGCAUACGAUUUUCAAUUUGGAAAUUUAAUUUUUAUAUGAAUCCCUUGUAUUCAGUUUUUAACUUUAAUUCAGGGUGUGUUAUUGAUCAAAUAUACUACUGUAUUAACUAAUUAUUUUAUUUUUAAUUUUCAAAUAUUCUGUAUUUACAGCUAAUUUUAACUUGGUUUGUGUUCGGUAAAUGCUAAAAUCACACUGCAAGCUGUAGAAAGAUUUGUUUUAGAACUAAUAUAGAUUUGGUUACUAAGUUUGAACUGUUACAGUUUAACAAUUAUUUGUAGACUUGUGGCUUUUUUGUUCUUGAUUUCUGUGCUACACUAGUUUGCCAUGUAGCAAUUGCACUGUGCAAUAUUACAAUAAGAGGACUGGGAAAAUUUUUAUGUAUGUAAUGUUUCCUACAGUUUGCGAUAGUAUUUCUCUCUAGUUCUCAGUGAUUUAAAUGUGACCAAGCCUUCUGUACUUUGUCACAAAAAGCGGGUUUUCCAGGUGACUAUUUUGGUGAGUGUCAAAAUAAGAAUUUAUGGUGUAUUACUGUCAAGAUUCACUUUGAAUUAAAAUAUAUAUUGCAGCA